CAACAAUAUGGAGCUUCUAGAAAAGAGGUACAAAUGGAUCUGGGCUCGGAAUAGGGACUGUCUCUCCUAAAUCGGGACACUUGUCAGGUAUGGGCAUACAGUGGACUCCACCAGCUAGCUGGGUGUAAAACACAUAGAACAUUGUAUUCUGGGAAAAUAUUGAUCUUUUAUUAAUUCCAGUCUCAAGCUGACUAAAACAAUACUGAGAGGGUUACAUCAAAUUUCAGGCCAUCAGCUGAUUUGAAAAAAAUUGUCCAACUCCAGCUUUGUUUUCAGUUUGGGCUAUUUUGUUCUAAAAUGUUAAAUUCCCAACAAUUGACACUUCAGUGAAUUACUUUAAGGCUGAAAGCAAUAAUAACUUGGUUUCUUGUGAGGGCCUGAGUUUUGCCUCAGUGUUCCUUGCCACAGGAGCUCACACUCUAAAAGUGCGCAGUGCAAGUUGCGGGAUGAGGCUGGGUAACAAGCCCCCCUUUCUGUUUUCCUUGCAUUCCAGUGGGUCCAGCUGCCAAUCACUGGCAUAAAUGAGAGCUCCCAUUCAUAGGUGGGCUUUCCUGGUCCCCCUCCCUCAGUGUCCUCUCUCUCUCUCUCCACCUCCAGAUCUCUGAACCCCCCUGGCUCCCAGGACCUACAGACUGAACUUAAUCUGGAGUGGGACACCUCUGGUUCAGGGCUUGGAGACCGUUGCAGAGGGAAUAGGAGGCCAACUCGCAGCCCGCGGUGGGGAGAAGGUGCUGAGCAAUGAUGGCCAGGUUCCCAAUGCUUGUCCUUCUCUUAAUAUUGCAUCUGGUGACAACGAGAGGGCAGGUAAGAGACGCCAUUCAUUCCAUGCUCCUGCUUUUCAAAUACCUGGGAUGUGUCUCUUAAAAUGGAGCCUGGCUGGGAAUUUAAGGGAUAAAAGGGUCUGUUUCUUCAAAUUUUAGGUUGUAGAGAAGCUGUGUGUUGGGUUUAUAAAUGGUGUAUUUUGGGGAUGUAUUUGUAUGAUAUUGAAGUUGUUAGUUCAGCUUUACCCCAUCCUGUGCACAUUAGCCAGAGAUCUGACACCCACAUCCAUCAGGAAUAAUUAACUCAGGGACAGCCAGAGCCCUCGACUGGGUGAAAGCGCGGCCCGUGCUGGGUCUGGACUUCAAAGGCCAAUAUGAGGGCCACUGUGACACAUGUGGCAGGAAGGUGUGAAUUGAACCUUUCAGGCCACCCUGGACAUAGUGAUGCCUUGUGAACCGUGGGUUUUGGACGAAGAGACCAGUCAAUGCCCAUAUUUGAUUUUGGUGAUAUUUAAUCUGGUUUAUCUUGUGUGCCUGAUACUAGAAGUGUGGAAAUAUCCCAUGUUUUAUUGGGCUAUUGGAGACUGCCUUUUAGUUGCUUCCCAUUAGGGAUCUUAUUACUUGUAGCAUGUGUGUCUACCACGAAAACCUGAGACUGCCAUUCCUGGCACACUGUGUGUGACCGACCUGAGACUGCCAUUCCUUGCACCCUGUGUGUGACCGACCUUAGACUGCCAUUCCUUGCACCCUGUGUGUGACCCACCUGAGACUGCCAUUCCUUGCACACUGUGUGUGACCGACCUUAGACUGCCAUUCCUUGCACACUGUGUGUGACUGACCUUAGACUGCCAUUCCUUGCACACUGGUGACCGACCUGAGACUGCCAUUGCUUGCACACUGGUGACCGACCUGAGACUGCCAUUGCUUGCACACUCUGUGACUGACCUGAGACUGCCAUUACUUUCACACUGUGUGUGACCGACCUGAGACUGCCAUUAUUGCACACUGUGUGACUGACCUGAGACUGCCAUUACUUGCACACACUGUGUGUGACUGACCUGAGACUGCCAUUACUUGCACACUGUGUGUGACUGACCUGAGACUGCCAUUACUUGCACACUCUGUGACUGACCUGAGACUGCCAUUACUUGCACACUGUGUGUGACUGACCUGAGACUGCCAUUACUUGCACACUCUGUGACUGACCUGAGACUGCCAUUACUUGCACACUGUGUGUGACUGACCUGAGACUGCCAUUACUUGCACACACUGUGUGUGACUGACCUUAGACUGCCAUUACUUGCACACUGUGUGUGACUGACCUGAGACUGCCAUUUCUUGCACACUCUGUGACUGACCUGAGACUGCCAUUACUUGCACACUCUGUGACUGACCUGAGACAGCCAUUACUUGCACACUAACAGGAUUAUUGACUACAUUUUUAUUUGUUGCAAAUUCAAAUUUCACAUUUUAGAUAAAGAAACAAAGAAUUCUCCAUGUACAUGUGUUUAGCAAGUCAUAUUAUGAUUUAUUCUGUAAGGAGUGGAUUAGGGUGAAAUGAAAGCCAAAUUUAAAAAUUUAGACCAGACUAGUCAAAUUGGAAAAACUAAGGGAUGUGAGAAUUUCAGCCACAUUGACGUUUUGCAAUUUGUUGUGUUUUUUUAUUUUUUUAUUAUGCUCACUAUUUAGUGAGUACACCUGAAUUAUGUUUUAGCCAUGAGCCCCAUUCUCCCCUAAUAGCUCUCAGCAUGACACGUUUCAAUGCCCUCAUUGUGCAGCUCUGAGGAAUGUGUUGGUUAUUAGAGAAGGAGGCUGAGUACUCAGGACAGUACAUGGGCUAUUCACCAUCAAUGGCAGAUUGUACCAGAAAUUCUCCUCUAUCACACAAAGCGUCACUAGAAACCAUGCAAUGGGGAAUUCCUACUAAUAAACGUAUGAUUUUAUAUUGUAAUUCUGAUCUUUAGGAAUUCCCAACUGGCGAGACCACUGCUAGUCCCUAUUAUAAAUAAAAAGGAACCUGCCUCCCCCCUCCCGUAUGGAAACGGUACCAUGGAUUCCUCCACCAAUCCAUAAUACCCUCUGUGGAUCACAGCAUAGAAUUGGAUGGUGGAUGUGUAAACUCUGAAUAGAGCCAUAUAGUUAGCUGGGAAUUGUGUUAUAUAGUGAGCUGGGAAUGGUGUGAUAUAGUGAGCUGGGAAUGGUGUGAUAUAGUGAGCUGGGAAUUGUUAUAUAGUGAGCUGGGAAUUGUGUUAUAUAGUGAGCUGGGAAUGGUGUGAUAUAGUGAGCUGGGAAUGGUGUGAUAUAGUGAGCUGGGAAUUGUUAUAUAGUGAGCUGGGAAUUGUGUUAUAUAGUGAGCUGGGAAUGGUGUGAUAUAGUGAGCUGGGAAUGGUGUGAUAUAGUGAGCUGGGAAUUGUUAUAUAGUGAGCUGGGAAUUGUGUUAUAUAGUGAGCUGGGAAUGGUGUGAUAUAGUGACCUGGGAAUGGUGUGAUAUAGUGAGCUGGGAAUUGUGUUAUAUAGUGAGCUGGGAAUGGUGUGAUAUAGUGAGCUGGGAAUGGUGUGAUAUAGUGAGCUGGGAAUUGGUAUGAUACAGUGAGCUGGGAAUUGGUGUGAUACAGUGAGCUGGGAAUGGAGUGAUCCAGUGAGCUGGGAAUUGGUAUGAUACAGUGAGCUGGGAAUGGUGUGAUCCAGUGAGCUGCGAAUGGAGUGAUAUAGUGAGCUGGGAAUGGUGUGAUAUAGUGAGCUGGGAAUGGAGUGAUAUAGUGAGCUGGGAAUGGAGUGAUAUAGUGAGCUGGGAAUGGAGUGAUACAGUGAGCUGGGAAUGGAGUGAUAUAGUGAGCUGGGAAUGGAGUGAUCCAGUGAGCUGGGAAUUGGUGUGAUCCAGUGAGCUGGGAAUGGAGUGAUCCAGUGAGCUGGGGAUGGUGUGAUAUAGUGAGCUGGGAAUGGAGUGAUCCAGUGAGCUGGGAAUGGAGUGAUAUAGUGAGCUGGGAAUGGAGUGAUCCAGUGAGCUGGGAAUGGUGUGAUAUAGUGAGCUGGGAAUGGAGUGAUCCAGUGAGCUGGGAAUUGGUAUGAUACAGUGGGCUGGGAAUUGGUAUGAUGCAGUGAGCUGGGAAUGGGUAUGAUACAGUGAGCUGGGAAUGGAGUGAUCCAGUGAGCUGGGAAUUGGUAUGAUACAGUGAGCUGGGAAUGGAGUGAUAUAGUGAGCUGGGAAUGGAGUGAUCCAGUGAGCUGGGAAUGGAGUGAUCCAGUGAGCUGGGAAUUGGUAUGAUACAGUGAGCUCGGAAUGGAGUGAUCCAGUGAGCUGGGAAUUGGUAUGAUACAGUGAGCUCGGAAUGGAGUGAUCCAGUGAGCUGGGAAUUGGUAUGAUACAGUGAGCUGGGAAUGGAGUGAUAUAGUGAGCUGGGAAUGGAGUGAUACAGUGAGCUGGGAAUGCAGAAUCAGGUGUUGACCAACACGUUUCUCACAGAAGAAAAUAUUUAAUGUAGAAAUAAAGUCCCUUUUUUAUUACCGGGAAACAUUGAAUCAUUUUGUGAGAUGUUACUUUCCUUCGCCCCAUUCAGCACUGUUUGGAUCCUGUGUCUGGAAGCCCUGGCACAGCCUGUAUAGUGAUCCCUGUUUAUUCGGGAGGGGGCACAGAUUAUUAAAUAAUUGACAUGCUGGUGAAUUAUGAGCCUUUACCUCAGUCAUGGAGUCUAAUUAACCAGCAUGGGCCCCCAUGCAGGACUCCAUGGUGAAAACACACUAUUCUCAGCCAUCAAGGGGUUCAUUCAUGACAGUUUGACAUUUUGUGGCCUGACAGAAGAAUUGGAAAAAUUACCAAAUUAUAAAAAAAUCCCCAAUUCAGUUAAAACAUCAGUCUCAUUUUCAUCCUUGGUGUCCAUUGUGACCCUGAUCGAUUUAAUAACUGAAAUCUCAGGGCACUACAUGCUCAGAGCCAGUCUUAUGGCCUGUUAGACAGCUUGUGGCCUUGUUCCAUGGAUAUCCAGUCACUAUCACCACUUUGUCUUUUCACAGAGAGCUGGACCACCAGGACCCCCGGGCCCUCAAGGACCCCCAGGAAUUCCCGGCAAAGAUGGAAUAGAUGUAAGUAACGCUAUGAUCAGGGGCUCGGUUGGACCUUGAUAGACUCACACUAUGGAUAGAUUAACCUCUUUGUGUCUGGAGUCUGUGUUAUGUGUCAGCGGUGUAUGUGGCACCGAAGAGGUUAAUGAGAUGCCUGCCUGCUGUGUUUAUUUAGUGCAGUAUAAAGGAAGCUCUGUGUACAGGGAGCCCCCCCCCCCCUCCCAGCUCCUGCCAGCAAUAUACAGAGCUCCUUGUCUGUUUCAUGGACCACAUCUGCUCCCGCAAGGAGACUGCAAUCUGAUCAUUCACACCGGCAGCAGCGUACAAACACCGGCCGGGGGCCCAUAGGGGCUCAUUAAUAAUAAUCAUAAUACGAACUAAUACAAGCAGAUCACGUUAGUUAAUAGUCAUAGAACAUUUUUGCAUUGAAGUAAACGUAGAUCACCUCUCAGACAUUCACCUUCUGUAUUAAAGGGGAAGGUGUGUUUAGCUUACUAGAGUGACUGGGCCACAGAACUUACAAUCAUAUUAUAGUGAUGUCAUUGAUACUGUAAAGCUGCCCAGUGUUACUCUCUCCCUGCAAUUAUAUCAGAUUAUGCUCUGUCAAUAAACCAAAGCAGAAACCGCUUCCUUUCUAAUCACAUCUCUCCCUUCAUCCCUAUCUCUCUCUCCACCUUCUCUCCUUUCAUCCCUCUCUCUACCUUCUCUCCUUUCAUCCCUCUCUCUCUCCACCUUCUCUCCUUUCAUCCCUCUCUCUCUCUCUCUCUCUCUCUACCUUCUCUCCUUUCAUCCCCCUAUCCCUCUCUCUCUCCACCUUCUCUACUUUCAUCCCUCUCUCUCCUCCUCUCCAUCCCCCUCGCUCGCUCUCUUCUUCCAUUCCCCCCUCUCUCUGUUUACCUCCUUCCCUAUCGCUAUCUCUCUCUUCUUCCAUCCCUGUGUGUGUGUGUGUGUGUGUGUCUCUCUCUCUCUGUCUACCCCCUAUUACUAUAUCUCUAUCCUUCCUUCCAUCCCUCUCUGUCUCUCACUUUCUAUCUCUGUCUACCUCCUUCCCCUCUCUCUCUCCUUCCAUCCCUCUAUCUAUCUCUCUUCCUCCUCCCCUCACGUAUAUCUCUGAUUCACUAUCUCUAUCUCCCGCUCUCCUUUCUUCUUUCUCUGUCACCCCUCCCUCUCUCUCUCAUUCACUAUCUCUAUUUCUAUCUCACCCCCUCCCUCUCCAUCUCUCACUACCUCAUUCUCAUCUCACCUUUUCUUUCUCCAAUCCAUUUAAUUCAAAGUGAUUUCUACUGGUAUAAACGUAAUGGGUACAUGGUACUAACUGUCCCCAACCCACAGUGAACACACAACAUAAAACUGUCCCCAACCCAUAGUGAGUGAACCCUAUAAAACUGACCCCCACCCAUAGUGAGCGCAUCCUAUAAAACUGUCCCCCACCCAUAGUGAGCACACCCCAUAAAACUGUCCCCAACCCAUAGUGAGUGCACCCUAUAAAAUUGUCCCCCACCCAUAGUGAGCGCACACCAUAAAACUGUCCCAAACCCAUAGUGAGCGCACCCCAUAAAACUGUUCCCCACCCAGAGUGAGCACACCACAUAAAACUGUCCCCAACCCAUAGUGAGUGCACCCUAUAAAACUGUCCCCCACCCAUAGUGAGCGCACACCAUAAAACUGUCCCAAACCCAUAGUGAGCGCACCCCAUAAAACUGUUCCCCACCCAGAGUGAGCCCACCCAGAGUGAGCGCACCCCAUAAAACUGUCCCCAACCCAUAGUGAGUGCACCCUAUAAAAUUGUCCCCCACCCAUAGUGAGCGCACACCAUAAAACUGUCCCAAACCCAUAGUGAGGGCACACCAUAAAACUGUCCCCCACCCAUAGUGAGCACACCCCAUAAAACUGUUCCCCACCCAGAGUGAGCGCACCCCAUAAAACUGUGCCCCACCCAGAGUGAGCGCACCCCAUAAAACUGUGCCCAACCCAUAGUGAGCGCACCCCAUAAAACUGUCCCCCACCCAGAGUGAGCGCACCCCAUAAAACUGUGCCCAACCCAUAGUGAGCGCACCCCAUAAAACUGUCCCCCACCCAUAGUGAGCGCACCCCAUAAAACUGUGCCCAACCCAUAGUGAGCGCACCCCAUAAAACUGUGCCCAACCCAUAGUGAGCGCACCCCAUAAAACUGUCCCCCACCCAGAGUGAGCGCACCCCAUCAAACUGUCACCCACCCAUAGUGAGCGCACACCAUAAAACUGUCCCAAACCCAUAGUGAGCGCAACCCAUCAAACUGUCACCCACCCAUAGUGAGCGCACCCCAUAAAACUGUCCCCCACCCAGAGUGAGCGCACCCCAUAAAACUGUCCCCCACCCAGAGUGAGCGCACCCCAUAAAACUGUCACCCACCCAUAGUGACACAUGGACAAAGAGGGUCCCUUUAAUUUUAGGGGGGUGGGUGUGGCCAGGGGCGGGUCUGUCCUAAAUGAGAGAUAAGGUGUGGCCAUGGGCGUGGCUGUAUUAAAUGAGGUUGUGGCUAGGGGCAGGGCUAUUCUUACUAAUAAUAAUUUAUGCAACUAAAAAGAACAAACCGCUGAAUAUGAUCAAUAUAUCUUGCACUAGGUGUUUCGGGACCCCAGACAGAAACAUUUAAAUGAUUCCAAAACAUUAUGGAGGUUUCAUUUGGGGGAUUUAAUGAUUAAAAGGCUGUGCACUCUCUAUCAGCACAAUUUAUGUUGAAUUAUUUUAUUUCUCUCUUAGGGCGAGCAAGGACCUGCUGGUCUGCCUGGACCCCCGGUAAGUGAAAAGUGAGACCCCCGAAUCACUGUGAAAGGAUUACUGCGAAUUAUUGCGAUGCACCUAGUGAAGGCGAGAAUAGUGCGGUAAUAACUCACAGGCAGAGAAAGUGUUCAGCGAGUGCUGAAUGCUUAUCUCCCAAUAUUUCAAUAUUGACUGGAGGACACUUUCAUUUUAGGGGAGUGAGUGGGGGUGUGGCCAGGGCUUCUUCUGAGUGGGGUAGGGCUGAUUACUAAUAACAAUUUAUCCAACUAAAAUGUAAUUUAUAACAAGAACAAUGUAUCUUAUUUACGCAGACUGAUUUCUAAACACAUUUAUUGUAGUUUAAAGACACAUAACUGGGAGUAUUAUUGCUGUGGAGCUCUGUUAUACACUCAGACACAUUACUGGGAGUAUUAUUGCUGUGGAGCUCUGUUAUACACUCAGACACAUUACAGGGAGUAUUAUUGCUGUGGGGCUCUGUUAUACACUCAGACACAUUACUUGGAGUAUUAUUACUGUGGAGCUCUGUUAUACACUCAGACACAUUACUUGGAGUAUUAUUGCUGUGGAGCUCUGUUAUACACUCAGGAACACUAACAAUCUGGAGCUCCAAGAUAAGAGGGACAUUAGGACAAAAAAAGAGAGAUUUAGCCAAAAAUAGGGACUGCCCUUCCUAAAUAGGGACACUUGGAAGGUAUGUAUAUUAGUUUCUGUCUUGUGUGGGGCCAGAAAGAAGGUGCAUGACAACGUGCAAAGAUUCAUAAAUAUCCUUAAAGGGAUAACCAAUCUGUAACUUAUUUUUGAAUAUUCGAUUGCAACUCCCAUCAACACAAGACCAGAGUCUAGCUAAGGGUGGUAGGGAUGCAACUCCUAUAACCCAUAUGUCAUAUAAUGAAUACAUGAAUUCCUUGGGCCCCAGUCUCUACGCAUUUCUUUGACAUUAUGCCUUUAUGCCAGAAAAAGUGAAAGUCCGAUAGAUCAAAAAUGACGAUUACGGGGAUGAAAUACUCAAACAUAUUAAUUAUAUAGCCACCCAAAAUAAUUACCCCAAAUUUUUUGAAUCCGUUUACAACACUUUGAUAAAUAAAAAUGUGUACCAGCGUGAGGGGUUCUAAGGCCGGUUAGACCAAGAGUAGUGAACGCAGGGAACAGCAUUCUGGAAUAAAAAGGAAUGUUACUCCCAGCAUGCUAAGCAAGUAUUUCUUAUCUGCUGAGUUUGCAGGUUUCAAGGCACGUAAUAGAUUAUAAUGUUCUGCUUAUUAUAUCCAUGCUCAUUUUAUUAACAAUAGCACUGUAAUGCAAUCUGCAAAUGUUCAUUUAUUUAAUUCUGUUCUAAUUUGACAGGGACCUAAAGGGGCUCCUGGAAAACCAGGUGAGGCUGGUAAACCAGGCCUGUCCGGACUUCCAGGGAUUGAUGUAAGUGUCUCAUUAACCUGUUCUUCCACAGAUCCCAGAAAAGGGUUAACCAGACUUGGUAAUUAAAGAAAAGCUGGGAGCUCAGGAGUUAAUAUACCAAUUAAUCUGACAUCUCUAUCUCAGGGGCUGACUGGACCAGAUGGGAAACCUGGGCCUGAUGGACCCCCAGGGGAACGGGUAAGUGUGCAGAUGGCAUAUAACUGGUUAAAUAUAUGGUUUGAUGUUCUGCUUCAUUUCAGCUGGUACCGGGGUUAGUGUAUUAUGUAUGUACAUUAUAUAUGUUAUAGAGCUGAGGAACCCUCAGAUACCUUUAUUGGUAUUUAUGAAGCAGCUACAUAUUCUGCAGCACUGUACAAUAGGUGAGAUAGAUGUAGAGAUGAUUGGGGGUAUGAGAUUGAUGUAGGGGUCAGUGGGGAUCAUGAGAUUGAUUUAGGGGAGAAUGGUGGUCAUGAGAUUGAUGUAGGGGGUCAUGAGAUUGAUGUAGGGGUCAGUAGAGGUUAUGAGAUUGAUCUAAGGGUGAGUGGGGGGUCAUGAGAUGGAUGUGGGGGUCAUGAGAUGGAUGUGGGGGUCAUGAGAUUGAUGUAGGGGGUCAGUGGAGGUCAUGAGAUAGAUGUAGAGAUGAUUGGGGGUCAUGAGAUUGAUGUAGGGGUCAUGAGAUUGAUUUAGGGGAGAAUGGUGGCCAUGAGAUUGAUGUAGGGGUCAGUGGGGAUCAUGAGAUUGAUUUAGGGGAGAAUGGUGGCCAUGAGAUUGAUGUAGGAGGUCAGUAGAGGUUAUGAGAUUGAUCUAAGGGUGAGUGGGGGUCAUUAGAUUGAUGUAGAGGUGAUUGGGGGUCAUGAGUUUGAUGUAGGGGUAUAUGGGGGUCAUGAGAUUGAUGUAGAGAUGAAGGGGGGUCAUGAGAUUUACAUAGGUGUAAGUAGGUGUCAUGAGUUUGUAUUGGUGAUUGGGGUCAUGAGAUUGAUCUAACUUAGAGUGAAGGCAUAGAGUGUUGGUGGUGAAUAGAGACUAUCAGGAUCAUAGAGUAUUAAUGGAUAGGAAGUAUCGGGGCAUAGAGUAUUGUAUUGGUGGGGAGAAUUGGGACUCAAAUAGCUGUGAGAGAGAAUCGGGAGUCAGAGAGAGUGGGGGGUCAUGAGAUUGAUGUGUGGCUCGUGAGAUUGAUGUAGGGGUGAGUGGGGGUCAUGAUAUUGAUGUGUGGCUCGUGAGAUUGAUGUAGGGGUGAGUGGGGGUCAUGAUAUUGAUGUGUGGCUCGUGAGAUUGAUGUAUAGAUGAUUGGGGGUCAUAAGAUUGAUGCAGGGGUGAGUGGGGGUCAUGAGAUUGGUGUAGUAGUGAUUCAGAGUCAUGAGAUUAAUGUAAGAGUGAUUUGGGUUCAUGAGAUUGAUAUAUGGGUGAUGAGAUUUAUGUAGGGUUAAGUGGGGUGAGUGGAGCUCAUGAGAUUUAUGUAAGGGUGAGUGGAGAGAAAGAAUUGUGAGACAGAGAGAGAAUCUAGAGACCGAGAGAGACAAUAUCAAGGGACAGAGACACAAUAUCAAGGUACAGAGUAAGUGAAAGAGAAUCGGGAGACAGAGAGAGAGCGAGAGAGGAUCGGGAGAGAGAGAAUCGGGAGAGAGAGAAUAUCAAGGGGCAGAGUGAGAGAGGGAAGCGUGAGAGAAUCUGGAGACAGGUAGGGAGAAAGAGAAUAUUAGGGGGCAGAGUGAGAGAACGAGAGAGAACCAGUGAGAAAGUUAUCAGGACCCUAUGUAAGUUGUACAGAAUGUUUUGUUUAUUUUUUUACCGUUUAGGUCCUUCUACAUGAUGACUGCCCUCCACGUGUACAAUUAAUAUAAUGUCAGGAGAAAAUCAUGGCGUUACUUUCAGUAAAUUACGUGUCACAAGGCAGCACUUUUCAUGCCCAGAAUGACAUGCACUUACAUAAACACUAUGAAAUGUCUGACCUGGAGGCUUGGCUCUAUGUAUGAGUAUUCAACGAUUAUAUGGAUGUUGCUUCUCCCUUUCAAGGAAAUCUAAAAAGUGCCAAUGCUGUAUGUGCUCAUUUGCAUAUCUUGCAUGGCAUUCUGGGUGUGCUGUGGUUAUACAGUAAUAAGAGCUGCUGUGUAUAGGCAGAUAUUUAGGUUCAAUCAAAGGAGGGGAGGUAAUUAUACUUUAUACACACAUAAAAUGUAGAGCAUUAACCCUAUGUGUACCCAGGUACACAUUUGCUGUGAAGCAUUCUGUCUCAAUAAGUGUGAAAUGCUUCCAACACAAAGCCUUCUGCAAAAACACAGGCUGGCAAAUGAAAUAACACAAAUCGGCUAUUAGUGGCCAAGUGUUUAAAUACAGGACCCUGUUCCUGGGUGAGGUUAUAUCUGGGUAUGUACCACUUUUUUCCUGGCAUUGACAGUGUGUAUUGCCGUGUUUGUCCUCUUUAUAAUUUAUAUUGAAAUAUUGCAUACAUACAUAUACCCCUGGUUACAGCAAUUAAUACCCAAUACAAUACUAUACCCAGGACAUACUUGAAAAUGAGAGAAAUCUCAAUGUAUCCUUCCUGGUAAAAUAUUUUAUAAAUAAAUAAACUAUAAAUGCAGUACAGAUGUCAGGUUUGUUGAACUGCAGGGUUUUUGUGAUCCCCAUACUGUCUGAAAGGUUGACAGACUGUGAUGUUUUGUAUAUUUUAGGGAGAUAUCGGACCUCCUGGGCCAGAUGGACCUCCGGUACGUAAAGAAUCCGCCAAAUCUAGACUGGACGUGAAGGAGUGACCCUUUCUUUUUGUGCUAUGUGACAGCAGGUCAACUGGGAGAUUGUGAUUAAUUAAAAGUUUUGUGGGAUUCUAUUGGUUGUAUGUCCUACAUCCAUAAUGCGAUCUUCAAAAUAGAACCCAGACAAUCGACUGGUCUGUCUACAAAGGGCAUAAACCAUGGAUAAAAAAGAUUAGAAUGUAAAAUGAAAUGGAAAAAAUACAGAAUUUCACACCAACAUCCUGUUUCUAUAAUGCAGUAUUACCAUACCAUCAGUAGUUCAUAGAAUCCAUCUUUAUUUGUCUCUGCAGCUGUGAAGGUAGUGAGAGUUUUACUGUGAUAAGAUGCUUUACUCCUUACUAAUUUUUUUAUGUUUCUUGGUUUUCUUUUAGGGUCGAGGACCUUCAGGACCUCCUGUAAGUGUGACCUUUUUCUACCAAAUGAUUUCACCUUUCUCCAUAAAAGAGAUUGGUCCUUGGGUGACCUUUCUCCAUCAGAGAGUGGGCCUUGGGAGACCUUUCUCCUUCACAGAGACUGGGCCUUGGUUGACCGUUUUUUUCAUUAGAGAGACUGAGGCUUGGGUGAUCUUUCUCCAUCACAGAGCUUGAGCCUUGGGUGACCUUUCUCCAUUAAAGAGACUGGAUAUUGGGUGCCUUAUCUCCAUCACAGAGACUAGGCCUUGGGUGACUUUUUAACAUCACAGAGACUGGGCCUUGGGUGACUUUUUAAGAUAACAGAGAGUGGGGUUUGGGAGACCUUUCUCCAUCAUUGAGACUGGGCAUUGAGUGACCUUUCUCUGUUAAAGAGACUCAGUCUUGGGUAAUCUUUCUCCGUCACAGAGACUUGGCCUUGGGUGAGAGCCUGGGCUUCUCCAUCACGGAGAGCCUGGGCUUGGGAGACCUUUCUCCAUCACAGAGACUGGGCCUUGGGAGACCUUUCUCCAUCACAGAGACUGGGCCUUGGGAGACCUUUCUCCAUCACAGAGACUGGGCCUUGGGAGACCUUUCUCCAUCACAGAGACUGGGCCUUGGGAGACCUUUCUCCAUCACAGAGACUGGGCCUUGGGAGACCUUUCUCCAUCACAGAGACUGGGCCUUGGGAGACCUUUCUCCAUCACAGAGACUGGGCCUUGGGAGACCUUUCUCCAUCACAGUGACUAUGCCUUGUGAGACCUUUCUCCAUCAUUGAGACUAGGCAUUGAGUGAUCUUUCUCUGUUACAGAGACCGGAUCUUGGGUAACCUUUCUCCAUCACAAAGACUGGGCCUUGGGUGAUCUCUCUUCAAUAGAGAGCCUGAACUUUGGGUGAUCUUUCUCCAUUACAGAGACUAGGCCUUGGAAGACCUUUCUCUAUUACAGAGACUGGGCCUUGGAAGACCUUUUUCCAUUACAUAGACUAGGCCUUGGGUGACCUUUCUCCAUCACAGAGACUAGGCCUUGGAAGACCUUUCUCUAUUACAGAGACUAGGCCUUGGAAGACCUUUCUCUAUUACAGAGACUAGGCCUUGGAAGACCUUUCUCAAUUACAGAGACUAGGCCUUGGGUGACCUUUCUCCAUUACAGAGACUAGGCCUUGGAAGACCUUUCUCCAUUACAGAGACUGGGCAUUGGUGACCUUUCUCCUUAACAUAGACUGGGUCUUGAGUGACCUUUCUCCAUCACAUAGACUGGGUCUUGGGUUGCCUAUUUCCACUCUUAGUGAUUCCAGUUGGAUCUUGGGAGAUCAUGAUAUAGAAUGCAAUUCCAGUAUGCAUUUAGAUAGUGUAUUAUCAUUAGCUGGAACAUAGACAUCCAGUUCCGAUUGUGUUAGAGCCUGUGUUCAGAUCAUAGGCGUGCGCAGCCUAUUGAGCACAAACACACGCUGCGUGUAUAUGUAUGUGUGUGUGUGUGUGUGUGUGUAUGUAUGUAUGUGUGUGUGUGUAUGUAUAUGUAUGUGUGUAUAUAUAUAUAUAUAUAUAUAUAUACACUCACACACAUACAUACACUGGUGUGUGUGUGUGUGUGUGCUGCAUGAGGGUGGUUUGAGGGUGUUGUGUGUGUGUGUAAGGGUGCUGUGUGUGAGGGUGCUGUUAAUGUGAUGUGUGUGUGUGUGUUUGUUAGGGUCCUGUUAGUGUGCUGUGAGGGUGCUGUUUCUGUGCUCUGUGUGCGAGGGUGCUAUAUGUGCGAGGGUGCUGUGUGUGUGUGUGUGUGGGUGCUGUGCUGUGUGGGUGUGUGUGUGUGGGUGCUGUGUGUGUGUUUGGGUGCUGUAUGUGUGUGUGGGUGCUGUAUGUAUGCGAGUGUGUGGAUGCUGUGUGUGUGUGGGUGCUGUAUGUGUGUGCUGUGUGGGUGUGGGUGCUGUGUGUCUGUGGGUGCUGUAUGUGUGUAGGUGUGUGUGCUGUAUGUAGGUGCUGUGUGUGUGGGUGCUGUAUGUGUGUGGGUGAUUGUGGGGGGUGGAGGUGGGGGUACAUUACUUAAUAUCCCCCUCCCUUCUUACCUUAUGUAGGGAGGGGGGAUUCUUGUUCCUGCUGCUUUCCCUGGUGGUCCAGUGGAGGCUAGAGUUCACUGCAGUUCACUCUCGCGAGAUCUGAGCGUUGCCACGGCAACAUUCAGAACUCAAAAGAGGAACCCUGCGGAGCUGUUGGUUGAACUCCCCGGGUCCUCUCCUGCCUCCCUCCAUGCUGCAGUGGGGAGGGAGGCUUAGAGCAGAGCCGGCGGAUAGCGCUGGCUCUGCAUGAGCCGACAGGGGGGAUCCUGAGAUCUUCCCUGCCGGUCUCACUCCAUAGGCGUGCUGCGGGGAUUAGGGUGUGCCCAGGCACAACAGGCACACCCCGUGUGCACGCCUAUGGUUCAGAUAGGAUUGUGCAAGUAACCAUAUGUUGUUGAUGAAGCAAUAAUGAAGCACUUGAUCACUUUUUUUACAUUAUUUGAAAGAUAGCUCCCACAUAUUGAUUAGAUCCUAGUGUUUAACUGACUUGUAUGAAGUUAGAUUGUCACCAUCCCAAUGAGUCUAACCUAAACUGCAAGAUACUCCCAGCAGUACAGGCUUCUCACUCUCUGUUCUUUGCCUCCUUUCAGGGUCUGGCGGGACCCAGCGGAUUACCCGGUGGACGCGGACCUCAAGGCCCCUUGGUAGGAACUCUUAUUUCUUUACCCACUGAUAUACUGAAAGCCACUGUUACCUCCACCUCAACCACAACUGUUCCACAGGAAGCCCACGGUGUUGUGUUUGGGAUAGCCCGAAGCUUCCAGUGACACUGCUGGUUAACAUGAUAGGGAUCGACCUAUGUUAGUAUGCAGUUUGUUAAAAAAAUACAUCACCAUUUCAUCGAUAGGGCUCUGUUAAGUUAAUGCAGAGUGUGUGAAAUUAGAGAAACUGGCCUUUUAAGUUAUACCCUACAUGAGUCAUUGCUCACAACUCUAACAUUCAAGGUUUAAUCGGUUCUUCAACAGUGUCAUUAUGUUGCUUACUUCCUGUGACAUUUAAUGGUAAAAUGGUUGUCCGGUGGGUGAAUAAGCAAAGUUAAAAUGUACCCUUUAUAAAUGUAUGUGUAAACUUUCUUAAACAGAGAUACCCUAAAGUUCAUGAAAAAGUACCCAAAUGUAUUCAGGAACCCCCAGCCUUGAGAUGUUGGCCAUCUUGGGUAGUACAGGCAGUUAUUGGGCGUUAUCACUUUAUCACAGCACAUGGUGAUGUCAUUAUGUCAUUGCUGAUAGCCCCCUCCCCCCAAUACUUGUAUUUGAGUAACACUUGUUUAUUUCUGAUUUUAUAGGGACCUUCAGGACCUCAAGGGUUGCCUGGUCCUCCUGGCCUACCAGGACCCCCAGUAAGUUUAUGUUCAUGAGACAUCAUGCUGAUACAGAGGUGCUGGACUAUAUUAACACACUAAUAUGUAAAUAUUAACAUGAAGAUACGGAAACAUACUUAUACAUAACAAUGAAACUAUAAUAUGCAGACUAUGGAAUAUAGUCAUGCACAUUUACAUAAUAACACACAAACCAGGAACAUAAUAACAAAUAUACACUUGAAUAAAGUAACACGUAACUAUUGGUACAUAGUUACGCUCAGAUACUGGAACAUAGUAACACAUAGACACUGGAACAUAGUAACAAGUAGACACUGGAACAUAGUAACACUCAUACAUUGGAACAUAGUAGCACAGACACUGGAACAUAGCGACAUAUAGUAAUAUUCAGACGCCGUAACACUGGGACACCGGACCCCGUAACACUGGGACACCGGACCCCAGUAACACUGGGACACCGGACCCCAGUAACACUGGGACACCGGAACCCAGUAACACUCGGACACCGGAACCCAGUAACACUCGGACACCGGAACCCAGUAACACUUGGUAACUGGAACAUUAAAUGUUACUGUGUUCUAAUAUGUAUGUGUUACUAUGUUCCAGUGUCUGUUUGUUACUAUGUUUCAAUAUCUGACACUGGAACAUUGUAGCACAUAGAUAUUGGAACAUAGUAACACAUAGACACUGGAACAUAGUGACAUAUAGACACUGGAACUAAUGACAUAUAGACACUGGAUCAUAGUAACAAUCGGAUACUGGAACACAGGAGCAAAUAGACACUGAAACAUAGUUACUCCUGAGACCGGAACAUAGUAACAUAUAGUAAUAUUCAGAUACUGGAACAUAGUAACAUUCAGACACUGGAACAAAGUAACACAUAGAUAUCGUAACAAAUAGUCACUGGAAUGUAAUAACAAGUAGACACUGUAACAUAGUAGUAGUCAGACACUGGAACAUAGUAGCACUUAAACCUAGAACAUAGUGACAUAUGGUAAUAAUCAGACACUGGAACAUAGUGUAGGAACAUAUAAUAAUCAGACACUGGAACGUAGUGACAUAUAGUAAUAUUCAGACUCUGGAAAACACAAACACACGGACACUGGAACAUAAUAAAAAGUAGAUACUGAAAUGUAAUAAAAAGUAGACACUGGAACAUAGUAAAACUCAGACACUAGAACACUGUAGCACUCAGAUACUGGAACAUAGUGACAUAUAGUAAUAAUCAGACACUGGAACAUAGUGACAUAUAGUAGUAUUCAGACUCUGGAACAUAGUGACAUAUAGUAAUAUUCAGACUCUGGAACAUAGAGGAAAAUGGAACAUAGUAACAUUCAGACACUGGAACAGAUUAGCAUGCAAACACUGAGCAAUGUACCACCACACAUCUGUUAUGGUUCCAGACUCUGAGACCACUAACUCUAUAUUUACCUAUUCUCGUGUCCUUUGCAGGGUCUGCCAGGGGUUAUUCCAGAUGGUAACGGUGAUUUGCAGGUAUGUAUUAACCAUUCUCCUGCUUUUCUCAGACUGUGACAUUUAGUAACACUCCCAGCACCUCACAGACAAGAUAAUGAGCCAGUCCGUGCCAUUGACCCCAAUAAUGGUCUUCCUGAGGUCACGAGGUCAGACGUUUCUUGUAGAUGGUGCCCAGGUUUGCACACAUCUCUGGAGGGAUUUUGUCCCACUCCUCUUUGCAGAUCCUCUCCAAGUCAUUAAGGUUUCCAGGCUGACGGCUCCCUCCACAGAUUUUCUAUGAGAUUAAGGUCUGAAAACUGUCUAGGCCACUCCAAAACCUAAAUGUGCUUCUUCUUGAGCCACUCCUUUGUUGCCUUGGCUGUGUGUUUUGGGUCAUUGUCUUGCUGGAAUACCCAUCCACGACCCAUUUGCAAUCCCCUGGAUGAGGGAAGGAGGUUUUCACCCAAGAUUUUACUGUACAUGGCCCCGUCCAUCGUCCCUUUGAUGCAGUGCAGUUGUCCUGUCCACUUAGCAGAAAAACACCCCCAAAGCAUAAUGUUUCCACCUCCAUAUUUGACGGUGGGGAUGGUGUUCUUGGGGUCAUAGGCAGCAUUCCUCCUCCUCCAAACACAGCCAGUUGAGUUGAUGCCAAAGAGCUCGAUUUUGGUCUCAUCUGACCACAACACUUUCACCCAGUUCUUCUCUGAACCAUUCAGAUGUUCAUUGGCAAACUUCAGAAGGCCUGUACAUGUGUUUUCUUGAGCAGGGGGACCUUGCAGGUGCUGUAGGAUUUCAGUCCUUCACGGCGUAGUAUGUUACCAAUUGUUUUCUUGGUGACUAUGGUCCCAGCUGCCUUGAGAUAAUUAACAAGAUCCUCCCUUGUCGUUCUGGGAUGAUUCCUUACAAUUCUCAUGAUCAUUGAAACUCCACCAGUUGAGAACUUGCAUGAAGCACCAGACUGAGGGAGACUGACAGUUAUUUUGUGUUUCUUCCAUUAGCGAAUAAUCGCACCACUGUUGUCACCUUCUCACCAAGCUGCUUGGCAAAGGUCUUGUAGCCUAUUCCAGCCUUGUGUAGGCCUACAAUCUUGUCUCUGACAUCCUUGGACAGCUCUUUGGUCUUGGCCAUGGUGGAGAGUUUGGAAUCUGAUUGAUUGCUUCUGUGGACAUAUGUCUUUUCUAAUGUGCUGAGAUUAGGAGCACUCCCUUUAAGGGAGUGCUCCUAAUCUCAGCUUGUUACCUGUAGAAAAGACACCUGGGAGCCAGAAAUCUUGCUGAUUGAUAGGGGAUGAAAUACUUAUUUCACUCAUUGACAUGCAAAUCAAUUUAUAACUUUUUUGACAUGCGUUUUUCUGGAAUAUUUUUUUGUUUUGUUAUUCUGUCUCUCACUGUUAAAAUACACCUGUGGCAAACCUAGCCACUUGGACUAUAACCAGAGACUAUAUCUUUAAGGGUUGCCUAUAGGUCUGGGGAGAUAUGUGCUUUACUCUGUAUGUUGUAUGCUACAUGUAUUGUCUGGAUUGCCUGUAUUUGCCAUCUGCCGAAUGCAAAUGGCGGUUUGUAUGGGGAUUUUCUUUCGUUUCACGAACGGCACUUUGGAGGGCCGUUCGUGAACCGAACGCAAUACCCCUAAUAGCCCACACACUUAGAGGCGUGUGGCGCUGGUUAACCGAUUAAUUAGAGGCUCUCCUGGGUGGCCGUCGUUCGACUACCGACCAUGCGGCGGUCGGCCAUCUUGGAUCCUUUGUUCCCUCGGCGCUACUAGGUCGUCGAGCACAUGGUACUAAAAACGGCUACUCGACGGCACGAACACCGCUGAGCCUCCAGGACGUUUGGGAGUUUCGGGCCAUUCGGUAUUUUGUUCCCUAAAAGCAAUCGGUUCUUUUUAUAUGUGUUAUAAGAAAUGUGUUUUUCGUGCGGCGUUCGGUUAUUUUAGCUGGGAUCUGAGCGGUAAUCUCACGAAUGAGGCACUCAGACCCCAGCUAUCUACCGAACGUCCAUUCGUGUAAAUCCACCGUACAUUCACCAAGUUAUGGAUUUUUGUGUAAAUUGUCGGUUCUGCUGCACGAGGGGAUAAUCCACUUAACGGUGGGUUCUGGGAGGAGGACCCCUCUCGUGCAGCAGUGCCUGAUGGGAGAAAUAUGCUGUAAUGUAAGUCCCCAUGUAGUCCCCUCUGGGAGUGCCCCUGGGAAGGGACUCAGGAAACCCCUUGCAUGGGGACUUGUAUAAAUUGUGCAGCCGAAUUAAAGGAUUUCAGUUGACUCUCAGAACUGUGUCUCGUCCGGUUACUGGGAGGUUGGGGAUAUUGCCUUGUUGUUUCAGUGCUUGACUGUGUAUUAUUUCCUGAACCAGCGGAAUUCGUGGAUUUAAUAUUGGCGUUCCGCUACAAUUGGUGGCAAGCGACGGGAUCCAACUCUACAGCCGAAUACAGUGCGUUCGAAUGAAAGGAACAACCGAACGGAAAAAGGGAAAGGAAAUUCGUAUGAAACAAACAGACGAAAGUGAUCAGUGAAUGGGGACGGAUUACACGGCGUUAAAGAGGCAGACGCUAAAGGAACUGCUGGAAGCUAGAGGGAAAAGCGCUAGCAACAAAUCUAAAGCAGUACUCAUUGCAGAGCUGAUGGAAGGUGACCAAGCACACAGCAGUCCACCCCCACCGGCCAGGGAGGAAACACCGUAUCAGAGGGAACUGAGAACCUGGUUGGAAUUUGUACCCCAGCCAGUACCCCUGGACAUAUUGACCGUACUGAUGGCAGACGUCCAGGACUACAUUAUGGCACAGCAAUCUCCGGGGGCACCCUCCAGGGCAGAAUCCAUCACCAACUCAUUCUGCACUCCAAUAAAGCAGAAAAUACCUUACCAGGCAUUUAAAGCGUUCUGCGAGGAGAAGGAUGAGAUAGACGGAUACCUGCAGGAUUUCGAGCGGUUAUGCGACCUACACGACCUGGAGCAGGCGAUGUGGGUACCCCUACUGGCAGGCAAGUUGGCAGGACGAGCAGCAGAGGCGUAUCGCGCUGUGCCCAGAGAGGACAGCAAGGACUAUUUUAAAGUGAUACGGGCAAUUCUAGAAAGGUAUGCCAUAACCCCGGAGGCAUACCGGCGAAAAUUUUGGGGAUUGAAAAAGCCCGAAAGAGAUUCCCACGCAGAGUGGGCGCAUAAGCUUGACCAAGCUUCACAAGGGUGGAUUCAGACAAGCCAAGCCACCACCAUGGAAGGACUGCGCCAACUCAUCCUGCUGGAGCAGUUCUUUAACGGCCUGUCACCGGAGGCACAGGAGUGGGUAAGGGACAGAAAACCUCUCACCCUCACAGCAGCCGCCCGAUUGGCAGAUGAACAUUUUGAUGCCCGGAGGCACCAUGGGCUCACCAACAGGGGUCCCCUGAGACCGCCAGUACAACACCACCCGACCAUCUCCACACCUGCCAACCCUACCCCAUUCAGGCCAGCAUCCGGAAACCCCCCACCACCAUCCCGCUACAAUGGCAGAGCCAACAUACAAUGCCAUACCUGCCGGCAGUGGGGACAUAUGUCCCGGGAGUGCACCCAGAAUCGGAGUAGGCAGGCGUGGAACCAGGUAUGGCAGAACUCUGCCCCGAGGGCGGCGGCCCAUUUCUACCACACGGAACCUGACCACUCGGAGCUGGCAAGUCUGCAAAUCGAGGAACCGUUGGGGGUCCUAUAUGAAGUGAUGUCUGUGCAAGCCACGGACAACAGGCAGCAUCACUGCCAAGUUGUGUUUGUGGGGGGGAAAGAAGUACAGGGAGCCACUUUGACCUUAGUGGCACCACAUUUAGUGCCAGAUGCGGCCCACACUGGCGGAUCAGUGGCUGUCCGGGUAGCAGGGGGAGCAAUGUACCGGUUACCCACUGCCAAGGUGCAUUUGAACUGGGGUGCUGGGGAGGGGGUUGUAGAAGUGGCAAUAAUGAAGAAGUUACCGGCAGAUGUGGUUUUGGGGAAUGACUUGGGCCAGAUGACUUCCGCUUUCCUACCCCAGGCCCCUUCACAGGAGGCUCACCCGGUAACUACACGGCAACAGGCUCGCACCACGGCAUCACCAGCACACUCUGAGGGUCAGGUAAGGAACCAUGACCCCCCCCUGACAAAUAUGACCUGGGACACCCCAACCACUUUUGAAGCCGAGGUUCAGACAGACCCCACACUGCAGGUGUACCGAGAUAGGGUAGACACGGACCAGGUGGGGCGGGAGGGGGAACGGUACAUUUGGGAAAACAAGUUACUGUACCGGGUGGCUGAAAGGGCAAUAGGAAACUCUGUGACGCCCCAAACUAAGCAGCUGGUAGUACCCCAGAAGUAUAGGCCGGAGUUACUGAGAAUAGCCCAUGACAUCCCUCUGUCCGGCCAUUUAGGGAUGACCCGGACCCGGUAUCGCUUAACGCACGCUUUCUUUUGGCCCGGGAUUUCUAAAGAUGUAAGGCACUAUUGUACCUCCUGUGAUGUGUGUCAGAGGGUAGGCAAGAGAGGGGAUCGCCACAAGGCGAAACUGUGUCCCCUACCUAUAAUUGAGGAACCGUUCAGCCAUGUAGCUGUAGAUAUAGUGGGGCCACUACCAAAACCCAGCCCCUCUGGGAAGCGGUAUAUACUGACCGUGGUGGACUACGCCACACGGUACCCCGAGGCGAUUGCCUUAACCAAUAUUCACGCUGAGACCGUGGCCGAAGCCCUGAUGAAAAUAUUCUCCCAAGUAGGGUUCCCACAAGAAAUGGUCUCCGAUAGGGGGACACAAUUCACGGCUGAGGUGACUCAGCAGUUAUGGAGGAUAUGUGGCAUUAAGCCAAUCAUUAACUCAGCCUACCACCCUCAAUCCAACGGGUUAUGUGAGAGAUUCAACGGUACCCUAAAACAGAUGCUUCGGACAUUCGGAGAGACCCAUAAGGACUGGGAACGAUUCCUUCCCCAUCUGUUGUUUGCUUACAGAGAGGUACCCCAAGAAUCUACCGGUUUCUCCCCAUUUGAACUGUUAUUUGGGAGAAGGGUCCGGGGACCGUUGGAUCUCAUUAGAGAGCAUUGGGAGGGAGAGAGUAGCGCAGAUGGGACCCCUAUUGUACCAUACGUGCUGGCGUUCCGAGAUCGCCUGGAGGAAUUAACCCAGGCAGUGCGCACCAACCUCCAAGCCGCCCAGCAACGACAGCAUCGUUGGUAUGACAGAGGGGCCAGAGACCGUAGUUUUCAAGUGGGACAGAAGGUUUUAAUCCUCAAACCGGUCCGCACCGAUAAACUACAGGCCGUCUGGCAGGGUCCAUACCAGGUGGUAGAGCAGAGAUGUGAUACCACCUAUGUGAUCGGCCCAUGCUCCGGAGUAGGGAAGAGACGCAUGCUCCAUGUGAACAUGCUCAAACCCUACCACGAGCGAACUGAGGACGUGGCAGCUAUUUGCACGCCCGCCUCCGAAGAUCAGGAGAACUUGCCUCUUCCAGAUCUGUUAGAGCAGGAGGAGCAGAAGGAACCCUCCCAGGGGGUUCAGCUGGGGGAGCGGCUAAGUCCUCAAGAGCGUACCCAGGUACAAGAACUGAUAGUGACAAAGGGUGCCACCUUUUCUAACUUACCUGGGUACACUCCACUAGCCACUCACCGAGUAGAAACCCCGGGACAGCUUCCCAUGCGACAGACCCCAUAUCGGAUUCCUGAAUCCGUGCGGGAACAUAUGAGGAAGGAGAUUGAAGAGAUGUUGCAGUUGGGGGUUAUCGAACACUCCGAUAGCCCCUGGGCAUCGCCGGUAGUCUUGGUUCCCAAGAAAGACGGUACCACUCGGUUCUGCGUGGACUACCGGAGGUUGAACGACAAAACCGUGUCGGACGCCUACCCGAUGCCUCGGAUAGACGAACUGCUAGAUAGGAUGGCCAGGGGUCAGUAUCUCACUACAAUAGAUCUUUGUAAGGGAUACUGGCAAAUUCCACUAGCCGAAGACGCCAUUCCCAAGUCGGCGUUUGUCACCCCGUUUGGCUUGUACCAAUUUCGAGUCAUGCCAUUCGGGAUGAAGAACGCCCCCGCGACCUUCCAGCGGAUGGUGGAUCGGCUACUGGACGGGUUCCAGGAUUAUGCGUGUGCAUACCUGGAUGAUAUUGCCAUCUACAGUCAGACCUGGUCGGACCACCUACAACAUAUAGGGGCUGUAAUAGAUCGGAUCCGGGAGGCAGGGCUUACCCUGAAGCCAAGCAAAUGCCACAUAGGGAUGGCAGAGGUCCAAUACUUAGGGCACCGGGUCGGUAGCGGGCAACAGAAGCCUGAGACCGCAAAGAUUGAAGCUGUAGCCCAGUGGCCUACCCCUAGGACCAAAACCCAAGUCCUUGCUUUUUUAGGUACCGCCGGGUAUUAUAGAAAAUUUGUGCCCAAUUACAGUGCCCUGGCCAAACCCCUGACUGACUUAACGAAGAGAAACCUGCCCAGGCAGGUCAUCUGGGCCCCAGAGUGUGAACAGGCAUUCAACCAACUGAAGACGGCUCUGACCAAUGCCUCUGUACUGGCUGCUCCUGAUCCAACUAAACGUUUUCUUGUCCACACAGACGCCUCCAUGUUUGGAUUGGGAGCAGUACUGAGCCAGGUCGGAGCAGAUGGCGGAGAACAUCCCGUAGCAUAUUUGAGUCGGAAAUUGUUACCCCGAGAAGUGAGCUACGCCGCCAUAGAAAAAGAAUGCCUGGCCGUGGUGUGGGCCCUGAAAAAGUUACAGCCAUAUCUCUAUGGGCAACCCUUUUCUUUGCUCACAGAUCACAGCCCGUUGGUAUGGCUAAACCGUGUGGCUGGGGACAAUGCCAGGCUGCUGCGCUGGAGUUUGGCACUGCAGCCCUUUGACUUACGAUCCAUUAUCGCCCAGGGAAACAAAAUGGUAACGCCGACGGGUUAUCCAGACAAACAGACCUUGAGAAGUGAUCUGUGAGCGCUCCUCCGGACAUCCCCAAGCCGAUCCGUUAGGAUCAGACUGUGUAUGCCGGCUUGGUUCUGGGGGAGCAUUGUGGCAAACCUAGCCACUUGGACUAUAAUCAGAGACUAUAUCUUUAAGGGUUGCCUAUAGGUCUGGGGAGAUAUGUGCUUUACUCUGUAUGUUGUAUGCUACAUGUAUUGUCUGGAUUGCCUGUAUUUGCCAUCUGCCGAAUGCAAAUGGCGGUUUGUAUGGGGAUUUUCUUUCGUUUCACGAACGGCACUUUGGAGGGCCGUUCGUGACCCGAACGUAAUACCCCUAAUAGCCCACACACUUAGAGGCGUGUGGCGCUGGUUAACCGAUUGCAACAAUGUUGCAAUCGGUAAUUAGAGGCUCUCCUGGGUGGCCGUCGUUCGACUACCGACCAUGCGGCGGUCGGCCAUCUUGGAUCCUUUGUUCCCUCAGCGGUGCUAGGUUGUCGAGCGCAUGGUACUAAAAACGGCUACUCGACGGCAUGAACACCGCUGAGCCUCCAGGACGUUCGGGAGUUUCGGGCCAUUCGGUAUUUUGUUCCCUAAAAGCAAUCGGUUCUUUUUAUAUGUGUUAUAAGAAAGGUGUUUUUCGUGCGGCGUUCGGUUAUUUUAGCUGGGAUCUGAGCGGUAAUCUCACGAAUGAGGCACUCAGACCCCAGCUAUCUACCGAACGUCCAUUCGUGUAAAUCCACCGUACAUUCACCAAGUUAUGGAUUUUUGUGUAAAUUGUCGGUUCUGCUGCACGAGGGGAUAAUCCACUUAACGGUGGGUUCUGGGAGGAGGACCCCUCUCGUGCAGCAGUGCCUGAUGGGAGAAAUAUGCUGUAAUGUAAGUCCCCCAUGUAGUCCCCUCUGGGAGUGCCCCUGGGAAGGGACUCAGGAAACCCCUUGCAUGGGGACUUGUAUAAAUUGUGCAGCCGAAUUAAAGGACUCUCAGAACUGUGUCUCGUCCGGUUACUGGGAGGUUGGGGAUAUUGCCUUGUUGUUUCAGCGCUUGACUGUGUAUUAUUUCCUGAACCAGCGGAAUUCGUGGAUUUAAUAUUGGCGUUCCGCUACAACACCUACCAUUAAAAUUAUAGACUGAUCAUUUCUUUGUCAUGGACAAACAUUAAAAAUCAGCAGGGGAUCAAAUACUUGUUUCUACAUUCUCUCUAUGGAGAUAGCAGAAAGUUGAGUUUGUUUUGUUAUUGAUGUUGGGGCCAAGGGCCGUGAUAAUUCCAGCUUGUCCAAUCAAACAUUCAUUGACUUGCUAUGGUGGGGGAGAUGUCAGAUAAAAUCUCUGCCCUUGUCAGAUAUGGACAGUCAUGUACAACCAUUAGCAAUAACGGGGGACUUUCCCAGACAGGAAUGGGGUGUUCUGCAGUGCUUCCCUUACAAAUCAUGCAGCAUUGCAUCUGGUUUUCAGAGUACAUAUAGUACACCAUAUAUUUACCUUCACAGCGCCUCCCUUUCCAAAUCACACAUUGUAGAGAUAAGAGAGAUGUCCUGACACUCGGUUACAAUGGUGCCCCAAGCGGCAACACAGCUCGCACACCCAUCUUCUGACUGGAAGAUUGUGUUAAUAAGUACAAUCAGUUCACCAUUUGUGAUCCAUCCGAUACCGAAUUGAAAACUUAUUUUUUAAGCAUUUUAAACAGAAAUACAGCAUUCCUUACAAUCUCCAUCCUUUGAACCAUAUAAUUCUCUUUUCUUUAAUAACGGGCUUUGUUGUCCUUGAAAUUUGGGAGUUAUAUUUUAUCUGUAUCUUUAUUGUUGGAAAUAUUUUAUCGUCACAUUAUUUCACACACAAUUCACUAAUUUAGACGCAUAGUGAUUAAUUGAGGUUGAGUUAUUAAAUAACUAUAAGUGACAUUUUAUUGAUUUUACAGUACUCCUAGUGUACAUCGUUUGUCUCUUUCUUCCAAGCUCUGAAUCCUUUGCUUUAGCCUAGAAAUAUUACCCCUAUCACCGAACGAAUAACUGUGUCUUCUUCCUGCAGUGCCCGGCUGUGUGCCCGCCUGGACCCCCCGGACCUCCUGGAAUGCCAGGAUUUAAGGUAAAGUGCCAAAUGUUUCCUUAUUAUAUUUAACCGCUAGUGAUGAUGACGCGAACGUGAGCCCAUCCAUUAUGAUCCAGCUUGUGAUCUGCUGCAUUAAUCGUAUUCCUUACACCAGGAUGGGAGGCGAUCUAAUGGAUUACGAUGAUGGUCGCUGUAAUCUGUCAUGUCUUCCUGUUAGAGAUUGGUUACAUUUAAUGGUUAGUUAUUCGUUCUGUCCAAUGAUGUCGUAUAUCCUGAGAUCUGCUAUUACUCUGUUGUUGUGUGAAAUUCACUGCACAGAAGAUGGAGCGGACUAACUGCGAUAAGAAAUCCAUUAUCCAUUAUAAUAGAGGUGUAAAGAAUCUAUUCUAUUCGAUAUACCUUUCACAACACAGGUGUGGGUAGCACUUGUACAGAAUGUAGUUGUAGUGAUACACAGCGUUGGUGGAAAGCAAUAAAAACCAAUAGACUAACUUAUGUGUGUCCUGCAUAUUGUGUUCACACUGAUCUCUCUUUUCCAGGGUCACACAGGGCACAAAGGAGAACGAGGGGAGACUGGGAAAGAUGGGCAGAAGGUGAGUCUGUGGAGUCAUUCCUAAAUCUAUACACCCCCUGCUUCCUGUAAUUCACACCCUAAAUCUAUACACCCCCUGCUUCCUCUGAUUCCCACCCUAAAUCUAUACACUCCUGCUCCCGCAAUUCACACCCUAAAUCUAUACACCCCAGCUCCCUCAAUUCACACCCUAAAUCUAUACACCCCCUGCUUCCUGUAAUUCACACCCUAAAUCUAUACACCCCAGCUCCCGCAAUUCACACCCUAAAUCUAUACACCCCCUGCUUCCUGUAAUUCACACCCUAAAUCUAUCCACCCCAGCUUCCUGUAAUUCACACCCUAAAUCUAUACACCCCAGCUCCCGCAAUUCACACCCUAAAUCUAUACACCCCUGCUUCCUGUAAUUCACACCCUAAAUCUAUACACCCCAGCUCCCGCAAUUCACACCCUAAAUCUUUACACCCCAGCUCCCGCAAUUCACACCCUAAAUCUUUACACCCCUGCUCCCGCAAUUUACACCCUAAAUCUUUACACCCCUGCUCCCGCAAUUCACACCCUAAAUCUAUACACCCCUGCUCCCGCAAUUUACACCCUAAAUCUUUACACCCCUGCUCCCGCAAUUCACACCCUAAAUCUAUACACCCCCUGCUUCCUGCAAUUCACACCCUAAAUCUAUACACCCCUGCUCCCGCAAUUCACACCCUAAAUCUAUACACCCCCUGCUUCCUGUAAUUCACACCCUAAAUCUAUACACCCCCUGCAACACCAAUUCCACACCUAAAUCUAUACACCCCAGCUCCAAUUCCUAAAUCUAUACCCCUGCUUUCUGCAAAUUCACCCUAAAUCUAUACACCCCCUGCUUCCUGUAAUUCACCCUAAAUCUAUACACCCCCUGCUUCCAAAUUCACACCCUAAAUCUAUAAACCCCCUGCUCCUGCAAAUCACACCCUAAAUCCUACACCCCUGCUCCUGCAGUUCACACCCUAAAUCUAGACACCCCUGCUCCCUAGUUCACACCCCUAAAUCCUACACCCCUGCUCCCACAAUUCCACCCUAAAUCUAACACCCCUGCUUCCUGUAAUUCACACCCUAAAAUCUAUACACCCCCUGCUUCCUGUAAUUUACACUAAAUCUAUAUACACCCUCUGCUUCCUGUAAUUUACACCUAAAUCUAUACACCCCAUCUCCUGCAAUUCACUAAAUCUAUACACCCCUGCUCCCGCAAUUCACACACUAAAUUUAUACACCCCUGCUUCCAUAAUUCAGACCCUAAAUCUACCACCCUGCUUUCUGCAAUUCACACCCUAAAUCUAUACACCUGCUCUUGCAAUUCAAAUCCUAAAUCUAUAUACCCCCUGCUUCCCUGUAAUUCACACCCUAAAUCUAUACACCCCCUGCUCCCGCAAUUCACACCCUAAAUCUAUCAACCUCUGCUCCCGCAAUUCACACCCUAAAUCUAUACACCCCCUGCUUCCUGUAAUUCACACCCUAAAUCUAUUCACCCCUGCUCCCAUAAUUCACACCCUAAAUCUAUUCACCCCUGCUCCCGCAAUUCACACACUAAAUCUAUACACCCCUGCUCCCGCAAUUCACACACUAAAUCUAUACACCCCUGCUCCCACAUAAUUCACACUGAUAUACACCUGCUCCCGCAAAGGGAAUUUCACCCUGUCUAUGCGCCCUGCUUCCCUUAAUUCACACCCUAAAUCCUAUUCACCUGCUCACAUAAUUCACACCCUAAUCUACCUGCUCCGCAGACAUUCACACGCCUAAAUCUAUACACCCCCCCUGCUCCAUAAUUCACUGAGUCUAUACACCCUGCUCCCUUAAUUCCCUAAAUCUAUACACCCCUGCUCCCGCAAUUCACACACUAAAUCUAUACCCCCCCUGCUCCCGUAAUUCACACCCUAAAUCUAACCACCCCUGCUUACUAUAAUUCGCACCCUAAAUCUAUACACCCCUGCAAUUUACACCCUAUAUCUAUACACCCCCUGCUUCCUACAAUUCACAUCCUAAAUCUAUACACCCCCCCCACUCCCCACAAUUCACACCCUAAAUCUAUACAUCCCCUUCUCCUUUCCAGAAAUGUUGCUGUGUUCAGCCGUGUGUUGUAGUUCCAGGAAUAUAUACAAACUAGAUGUUGUAUAAUGGGGGGAUUGUUCUGUAAUAUGGUAUAAAUGGUAAUGGGGGAAGUUAGUCUGGAUAUACAAACAUUGUGCUAUGUUUAUAUUCUCCAUUUACCACAAUCUCCGAGCAGUGAAUGAGCUAUUUAUCCAAAGAUCAGUUACUCGUUUUUUCUAAUUGUAAUCUUUGUAUGUUCAGGGUGAUCCUGGGCCCCCAGGACCUGCUGGAAUCCCAGGCAGCGUUGGCUUACAGGUAAACACACACAGCUCUAUGCAUCCCUGACAUGCAGAGCUUACACUCUUAAACAUUAUUAUAAUGAAAUAUAUGCUCUAACAACAGAUGGACCAAUUAUAAAGCUUCCAAUAUUUCAUUCAUUGUUCUCUCUCAAUACUGCUGGGAGAUCAUUCCAUGUACCCACCACCUUUUUAUAGCAGUAAAGCUGUAUCCUUUCCACACACGGUAAAAUCGCCUCCUGUAUUAAUCUUUGCCACUUCUACUGGACGGUGAUUCCAUUUUCCGACCACCCUGUCAAUGUAUUUUCAGAAGUAUUAAAUUACUGUCCUUGACACUGGCUACUAAGUCCAGAUAGCUGUAAGAUAGUUCGAAAUAUUAUCUCUUAACGCUAGCCAUUCCAGUAAUGCCACCUAACACUCCCUAAUAUCAUGUUUUGUUUUCAGGGUCCAAGAGGUUUGAGGGGUGAAGUUGGACCACAGGGGCCCGCAGGAGACAGGGUAAGUGGUGUCACGUCAAAAGUGAGUAUCAAAAUAUCUCACUCACAUCACAGCUCCCAAACCUUGGAGUAUCUAUGUUGCUUGCCAAAGGAUGACCAGUGUAACUCCCCUGGGGGUCUAAGCGAUUCCACCUCGGCUACCCAAUGUUCGAAGCUGGGAGGAUCAAGGAGUUUCCAGCAAGAGGGGAUAAGAGAUUUGGCUGCUCCAGUCAGAAGCCAAAAUAGUGCUUGCAUGUAAUUGGAGAUACCUUAGGCCAACCCAAGAACACUUGAGGCAGCAUGAGAGAAUAUUUAUAAAACCCAGAACCCAGACCCAGAAAGAUUUUAUUGCUGCACAGAACCACCAAAUAUGUUUUAUAGUACCAUCUGCGUCCUGACAUCUCCAACAUUUUUCGGUAACUGAGGGAUACAAAGAGUGUAAUAGUGAGGGUGUUCUGUACUACCUAGAGAUUAAUUUACAGGAGACCUCUUGCACACAGAGGCUAGCGGAGGAUAGGAUGGCCCUAUUGUAUAUAAACUUCCAGUCCCGUUGUGUUAGCGGAAUGUGUAGGGAGAAGUAGAAUACUGUCUAAAGAGUCGUAGAAUUGCAUAAAUUCUCGGUUAUUGAGAUGUGCAUAAUUGUUCAUAGAGAGUCAGUUCCCUGGUCAACAAAACAGUAUUUCAGUAGUUCCUCCGCCGGUUGUAUAACACAGGUCUAAAAGCUUUUUACAUAAGAAUGAAAACUCACAGGUAUUCCCAUAGAAAAUAAAAGAUAAUGUACACAAAAAAAAAUGAAUUUUUGCAUGUGUGAAUCAUUCUGCAUGUGUCACUCAUAGUUUAUAUGUUCACAGCAUUGGUACAUUUUUAAGGGGAAACUAAACUGUCUUCCUUUACCUCCAAUCUCAUAACUCAUGAAAAAAAAGGUGUAAUUAAUUUCAGCAUGUCCUAUUUCGUUGUGAUACUAAUUAUAGAGGACACAGAGGAUGUCAUGUUUCUGGUGGUUCAUUGUAUUUAUUGAUUUAUAAACGAUCCCUACACACACACACACACAUACAUACAUGUACACGCAAUUCUGAAUUUGGGAGCACAUAUGGUACUUAGUUUCUUGAAUUCAGGUAAAGUUUGCGACAUAGAAUAAGAUUUCAAUUAUUUAUUGUUGGCUUGCACUGGUUACUCUGUCUGUGACAAACUUCAUCUAUUUUAUUUAUCUCCUGUUUGUUUGUUUUUUGUUUGUUUUCAGGGAGAUACUGGAUUUCGGGGUCCCCCGGGUCCUCCAGGACCCCCUGGGAAAGCUGUACGUAUGAAUUAAGCAUGUUCCCCAUCCUACCGACACUUUCUCCAUCUCGCGCAUACAGACAGAGACCCUGUACAAAGAUAUAAACACUCAUGGAGACAUAAACCCUGUACAGAGAUAUAAACACUCGUGGUGACAUAGACCCUGUACAGAGAUAUAAACACUCAUGGUGACAUAAACCCUGUACAGAGAUAUAAACACUUGUGGUGACAUAGACCCCGUACAGAGAUAUAAACACUCAUGGUGACAUAAACCCUGAACAGAGAUAUAAACACUCGUGCUGACAUAAACCCUGUACAGAGCUAUAAACACUCGUGGUGACAUAGACCCCAUACAGAGAUAUAAAUACUCAUGGUGAAAUAGACCACAUACAGAGAUAUAAACACUCGUGGAGAUCUAGAUCCUGUACAGAGAUAUAAACACUUGUGGUGACAUAGACCCCGUACAGAGAUAUAAACACUUAUGGAGAUAUAGACCCUGUAUAGAGAUAUAAACACUCGUGGUGACAUAGACCCUGUACAGAGAUAUAAACACUCAUGGAGAUAUAGACCCCAUACAGAGAUAUAAAAACUUGUGGUGACAAAGACCCUGUAGAGAGAUAUAAACACUCGUGGUGACAUAGACCCCGUACAGAGAUAUAAACACUCAGGGUGACACAGAACCUACACAGAAAUAUAAACAUUCAUGGAAACAUACACCGUACAGUGAUAUAAACAGUUGUGGAGACAUAGACCCCGUACAGAGAUAUAAACACUUGUGGAGACAUAGACCCCGUACAGAGAUAUAAACACUCAGGGUGACCUACACCCCAUACAGAGAUAUAAACACUCGGGGUGACAUAGACCCCGUACAGAGAUAUAAACACUCAUGGUGACAUAGACCCCAUACAGAGAUAUAAACACUCGUGGUGAAAUAGACCCCAUACAGAGAUAUAAACACUCGUGGUGACAUAGACCCCAUACAGAGAUAUAAACACUCAUGGUGACAUAGACCCCAUACAGAGAUAUAAACACUCGUGGUGAAAUAGACCCCAUACAGAGAUAUAAACACUCGUGGUGAAAUAGACCCCAUACAGAGAUAUAAACACUCGUGGUGACAUAGACCCUGUACAGAGAUAUAAACACUCAUGGAGAUAUAGACCCCGUACAGAGAUAUAAAAACUUGUGGUGACAUAGACCCCGUACAGAGAUAUAAACACUCAUGGUGAAAUAGACCCCGUACAGAGAUAUAAACACUCAGGGUGACACAGAACCUACACAGAAAUAUAAACAUUCAUGGAAACAUACACCGUACAGUGAUAUAAACAGUUGUGGAGACAUAGACCCCGUACAGAGAUAUAAACACUUGUGGAGACAUAGACCCCGUACAGAGAUAUAAACACUCAGGGUGACCUACACCCCAUACAGAGAUAUAAACACUCGGGGUGACAUAGACCCCGUACAGAGAUAUAAACACUCAUGGUGACAUAGACCCCAUACAGAGAUAUAAACACUCGUGGUGAAAUAGACCCCAUACAGAGAUAUAAACACUCGUGGUGACAUAGACCCCAUACAGAGAUAUAAACACUCGUGGUGAAAUAGACCCCAUACAGAGAUAUAAACACUCGUGGUGACAUAGACCCCAUACAGAGAUAUAAACACUCGUGGUGAAAUAGACCCCAUACAGAGAUAUAAACACUCGUGGUGACAUAGACCCCAUACAGAGAUAUAAACACUCGUGGUGACAUAGACCCCAUACAGUACAGAGAUAUAAACACUCGUGGUGACACAGACCCCGUACAGAGAUAUAAACACUCAUGGUGACAUAGACCCCAUACAGAGAUAUAAACACUCAUGUGGUGACAUAGACCCCAUACAGAGAUAUAAACACUCAUGGUGACAUAGACCCUGUACAGAGAUAUAAACACUCGUGGUGACAUAGACCCCGUACAGAGAUAUAAACACUCAUGGUGACAUAAACCCUGAACAGAGAUAUAAACACUCGUGCUGACAUAAACCCUGUACAGAGCUAUAAACACUCGUGGUGACAUAGACCCCAUACAGAGAUAUAAACACUCGUGGUGAAAUAGACCCCAUACAGAGCUAUAAACACUCGUGGUGACAUAGACCCCAUACAGAGAUAUAAACACUCGUGGUGAAAUAGACCCCAUACAGAGAUAUAAACACUCGUGGUGACAUAGACCCCAUACAGAGAUAUAAACACUCGUGGUGAAAUAGACCCCAUACAGAGAUAUAAACACUCGUGGUGAAAUAGACCCCAUACAGAGAUAUAAACACUCGUGGUGACCUACAGCCCGAACAGAGAUAUAAACACUCGUGGUGACAUAGACCCCGUACAGAGAUAUAAACACUCGUGGUGACACAGACCCCGUACAGAGAUAUAAACACUCAUGGUGACAUAGACCCCAUACAGAGAUAUAAACACCCGUGGUGACAUAGACCCCAUACAGAGAUAUAAACACUCAUGGUGACAUAGACCCUGUACAGAGAUAUAAACACUCGUGGUGACAUAGACCCCGUACAGAGAUAUAAACACUCAUGGUGACAUAAACCCUGAACAGAGAUAUAAACACUCGUGCUGACAUAAACCCUGUACAGAGCUAUAAACACUCGUGGUGACAUAGACCCCAUACAGAGAUAUAAAUACUCAUGGUGACAUAGACCCCGUACAGAGAUAUAAACACUCAUGGUGACAUAAACCCUGAACAGAGAUAUAAACACUCGUGCUGACAUAAACCCUGUACAGAGCUAUAAACACUCGUGGUGACAUAGACCCCAUACAGAGAUAUAAACACUCGUGGAGAUCUAGAUCCUGUACAGAGAUAUAAACACUUGUGGUGACAUAGACCCCGUACAGAGACCCCGUACAGAGAUAUAAACACUCAUGGUGACAUAAACCCUGAACAGAGAUAUAAACACUCGUGCUGACAUAAACCCUGUACAGAGCUAUAAACACUCGUGGUGACAUAGACCCCAUACAGAGAUAUAAACACUCGUGGAGAUCUAGAUCCUGUACAGAGAUAUAAACACUUGUGGUGACAUAGACCCCGUACAGAGAUAUAAACACUUAUGGAGAUAUAGACCCUGUAUAGAGAUAUAAACACUCGUGGUGACAUAGACCCCGUACAGAGAUAUAAACACUCAUGGAGAUAUAGACCCCAUACAGAGAUAUAAAAACUUGUGGUGACAAAGACCCUGUACAGAGAUAUAAACACUCGUGGUGACAUAGACCCCGUACAGAGAUAUAAACACUCAUGGUGAAAUAGACCCCGUACAGAGAUAUAAACACUCAGGGUGACACAGAACCUACACAGAAAUAUAAACAUUCAUGGAAACAUACACCGUACAGUGAUAUAAACAGUUGUGGAGACAUAGACCCCGUACAGAGAUAUAAACACUCAGGGUGACCUACACCCCAUACAGAGAUAUAAACACUCGGGGUGACAUAGACCCCGUACAGAGAUAUAAACACUCGUGGUGACAUAAACCCCAUACAGAGAUAUAAACACUCAUGGUGACAUAGACCCCGUACAGAGAUAUAAACACUCAUGGUGACCUACACCCCAUACAGAGAUAUAAACACUCAUGGUGACAUAGACCCCGUACAGAGAUAUAAACACUCGUGGUGACAUAGACCCCAUACAGAGAUAUAAACACUCAUGGUGACAUAGACCCCGUACAGAGAUAUAAACACUCGUGGUGACAUAGACCCCAUACAGAGAUAUAAACACUCAUGGUGACAUAGACCCCGUACAGAGAUAUAAACACUCAUGGAGAUAUAGACCCUGUACAGAGAUAUAAACCUUCAUGGAAACAUACACCGUACAGAGAUAUAAACACUCAAGAUGACAUAGAACCUAUACAGAGAUAUAAACACUCAUGGUAACAUAUAAGCACUUAUGGUGAGAUGUAAGUGUAACACGGAUAAACACAGGUGGGAAGAUUAAUCAGUGCGUUCUAGUUCAUCUGCUUCUAACAUGGGGAUCACAAAAAAGAUGUUAAUUUUAAGGGAUUCAAACCAGUCUACUCAAUCAGUGUAGGCCUUACAUGACAUGUACUGAAAACAAUGACACGAUGAACAGACCAAGAAGAGAGGGGGACUUUGGCACUGUACUAACCCUUUCCAUCCACAGAUCUCAUUGCUGCGUCUGUCUCUCAUUGUAGGGGGACCAAGGCGUCCGAGGUUCUCAGGGACACUGGGGUCCUAAGGGAGACACGGUGAGUUUUCUGGUCAAGGAUGGCCAUCCCCCUUCUGAUUACCCACGCUUUCUGUUUAACACUUUUAUUGCUCACCAUUCAAUGAGAUGAAAGUAAUGUGUUCUAGAGUUUAAUAUGUUAUGACAUCACAUUAUGUGCACAGCCCUUGCGUUAUAUUAUAGUAAUCAUCGGCAGAUGCUCUGUGCAUGCGGUUAAUGAUGUGUGCUUGGAAGAUAGAUGUUAAUUUGUGCUGUGAUUGGUAUUAUGAGCCCAUUAUGAGUGCUGUAAAUCUAUAGUACUGUAGAGACAUUUAUAAAGUGUAUGUUAAUACAAAUUAUAUAACCUCUGUAAAAUCAUGAAUGUUUUUUUUUCCAGGGAAAAUCGGGGCCUAAAGGAAUGCCAGGAGGUGCUGGACCCUUAGGAGAACCGGUAGGUGGCCAGAUUCUAAUUCACAAUAGUUUAUAGUACAGGAUAAAUGCGACAUGAGAGUGUGAUACCUAUAUAUGGCACAUCUAGGAGCAUGCACAUAUAACAAUAGGUAGACUAUAAUCUUGAUACAUGUGAUAGACGUACACACACAUUUGGAGUCUUUCUAACACUCCGUUAGAGUCUGGUAGUUUCUCGCGAUUCUUGGUGUUCUCUAACGCAUAUUGUAAAGAGCUGUAGCUUUUGUUCCUCACUAUCCACCUUAUCCCCUUGUCUCCUCUUCCCCAGGGUAUGCCCGGACAAGAUGGACGAGAUGGGAACCCAGGACUGGAUGGUGAGAAAGUAGGUACUUCUAGGGGACGUGUCUCGCCGUGGGUUUCAGUGCAAAACAAAGGGGGCAAUCUGUGGACAACAACUCCCAAUGCACUCAUCUAGAUAAAAAUAUGAUUUAGGGAUAUACUGGCUUACUCAUAUCCUGAGAACAACUAACAUGGAAAAGCAAUCUUCUGGAUGUCGGUGAAUUCACAAAAAGUGUAACUUUUAUUCUCCAGGCAGCCCCUCGGCUGGAGGGAGCCCAGUCGGUUUUAGCUGAGCAGAGGUUUAUGUUGAAGACUCCUGGUAAUAAUGGGAAUUAAAGGGACACUAUAGUCACCAGAACAACUACAGCUUAUUGAAUUUGUUCUGGUGAGUAGAAUCAUUACCUUCAGGCUUUUUACUGUAAACACUGUCUUUUCAGAGAAAAUGCAGUGUUUACAUUACAGCCUAGUGAUAACUUCACUGGCCACUCCUCAGAUGGCUGUUAGAGAUCCUUCCUGGGUCAUGGCUGCCUAAAAUGCAUCCAAACAUUCAGUAUCUCCUCCCUCUGCAUGCAGACACUGAACCUUCCUCAUAGAGAUUCAUUGAUUCAAUUCAUCUCUAUGAGGAGAUUCUGAUUGGCCAGGACUGUGUUUGAAUCAUGCUGGCUCUGCCCCUGAUCUGCCUCUUUGUCAGUCUCAGACAAUAUUAUGGGGAAGCAUUGUGAUUGGAUCAGGCUACCACUUCUCAUGAUGUCAGCAGACUGUUUGUUUUUCUGAGGCAAACCGCAUGCAGAGCUACAGCUUCAGGCUUGAAUACAGUAAGAUUGUGCUAUAUUUAUGGAGGCAUGAGGGUGCCAGGGGGGCUUGAUGGUGGUUUUAACACUAUAGGGUAUACAUGUUUGUGUUCCUGACCCUAUAGUGAUCCUUUAAUAUGAAAGAUGUAAUGAAUUUACCAGAUGGUGAGCUAAUCAGUGAUUGAGUAACCACCAACUGCGCUAAGUGGCGUUCCUGUAACAGAGGCAGCUCCAGUUUGGCUCUGGUCCCUGGCAGUUUGUAUCUUUACAUACAGAGAAUAGGGGGCACUACAUCCACCAGCUCAGUUCUCAGUAUCACAUAAUAACCGAACCCAGUAAUCACCAAGAUUAUAUUCUAUUAAAGUAAUUAGUGGAACUGGACACAUUAUGCAAUAAUGAUAGCUCUAGAAUAAUGCAGUGGGAACUAGAACUGUUCACAUGUGUCUCAGUGGCCUUGAAUUAUUUUGACUUGCUUUUAUUUAUCCACGAUAAUGUGUAAUCUAGACCAAGCUGUAUUGAUCCAGAAUAAUGCUAUGUAAUCUAGACCAAGCUGUAUUGAUCCAGAAUAAUGCUAUGUGAUCUAGACCAAGCUGUAUUGAUCCAGAAUAAUGCUAUGUGAUCUAGACCAACCUGUAUUUAUCCAGAAUAAUGCUAUGUAAUGUAGACCAAGCUGUAUUUAUCCUGGAUAAUGCUAUGUAAUCUAGACCAAGCUGUAUUGAUCCAGAAUAAUGCUAUGUAAUCUAGACCAACCUGUAUUUAUCCACAAUAAUGCUAUGUGAUCUAGACCAAGCUGUAUUUGUCCAGAAUAAUGCUAUGUGAUUUAGACCAACCUGUAUUUAUCCAGAAUAAUGCUAUGUGAUCUAGACCAAGCUGUAUUUGUCCAGAAUAAUGCUAUGUGAUUUAGACCAACCUGUAUUUAUCCAGAAUAAUGCUAUGUGAUCUAGACCAAGCUGUAUUUGUCCAGAAUAAUGCUAUGUAAUCUAGACCAAGCUGUAUUGAUCACGAAUAAUGCUAUGUAAUCUAGACCAAGCUGUAUUGAUCACGAAUAAUGCUAUGUGUAGCGGAGAUGCAAUAUUACCCAGGUUAUCUCCGCUUAUAAUCCAAGUGAGACUCAGGAACAAGUAAAUAGUAAAUCCAAAGGCAGGGUUUCCAGCAGGUAAAAUACAGCAAUAUCCCAACAGCAAUCCCAAUAACUGGACGACACACAGUUUCAGGAGCAUAACUGACAAGCCUUUAAUCACAGUCUCCUUAUAAAGCAUGCUCCCAUGCAAGGGAGGGAUUUACAGUAAUUAUUACAGUAGCCAAUCCUGUCCUGGUAACCUCCCACACAUCCCCUCCCCUCAGCCAGCAUCAUAAUCCCCUUAUCCAGCACACCAAUUCCCCCCGUUUCUGGAUGUACCCCUAAACGUAGGGGUACCCCUUUAAAUCCUACAUCCCCGGAUAGCCCUGAUCUGGGUGAACAACAUAUCCAAAAAUCACCCAGAUCGGACCAGGGGUUCGGGAAAAGUAUGGAGGGAAUAAAAUGACCGACCGCACGAACAGAGAUAGCCGAAUUCGGUUCCAUGUGAAUGGGCCUUGCGGUCGGUCCUGGCAUAAGGGAAUAAAAUACACGAAAGCCUCUAGCUAUAGAGGCUAGGGAGGGUUCGCCUGAAUCCCCUCGUUCGGUAUUCUCUAUUUACUGAACGAGGGACCGUUCGGUAGUUUGGAACCGAACGGACCAGGGCUGUGGAGGUCUCAGCGGUGUUCGCCUACUCGAGUGUCCGAGUUCGGUAGUUUCAUUCGAAUAAACUAAGGGAAUGAAACUACCGAACAAUCAGAGGAAUACAAUUCUUUUUAAAUACACAGAAAUUACAGCAGAUACACGUAUGCAGCUUUAUACAGUAUUUUUUGUAGGGUCGCCUGGUGCCAUCUGCUACACUAUGUAAUCUAGACCAAGCUGUAUUUAGCCAGAAUAAUGCUAUGUAAUCUAGACCAAGCUGUAUUUGUCCAGAAUAAUGCUAUGUAAUUUAGACCAACCUGUAUUUGUCCAGAAUAAUGCUAUGUAAUUUAGACCAACCUGUAUUUGUCCAGAAUAAUGCUAUGUAAUUUAGACCAACCUGUAUUUGUCCAGAAUAAUGCUAUGUGAUCUAGACCAAUCUGUAUUUAGCCAGAAUAAUGCUAUGUGAUCUAGACCAAGCUGUAUUGAUCACGAAUAAUGCUAUGUAAUCUAGACCAAGCUGUAUUUAGCCAGAAUAAUGCUAUGUGAUCUAGACCAAGCUGUAUUUAGCCAGAAUAAUGCUAUGUGAUCUAGAUCAUCCAUGAUAUAUCCAGAUAAGUGCUGGUGUCCUGAUUGGUGCUGUGUAAACUCAUUAUAUGUCCAGAUAAAUGUCAUGUGAUCUAGAAAAUUCAUUACUGUCCAGAUUAGUGCCAUGUGAUCUAGAUAAUCCAUUUGCUGUCCAGAUUAGUGCAGUGUGAUCUAGAUCAGUCAUUUAUAUGUCCAGAUUAGUGCUGUUAUAUCUAGAUAAUCCAUAAUAUAUCCAUAUUAGCCGUGUGAUCUAGAUCAUCCAUUGUAUGUCCAGAUUAGUGCUGCAUGAUCUAGAUCGGAUAUUAUAUGCCCUGGUUAGUGCUGUGUGAUCUAGAACAGUGAUUAUAUUUACAAAUUAUAGACAUGUGAUCUAGAUAAGCCAUAAUAUAUCAAUAUUAGCUGUGUGAUCUAAAUCAUCCAUUAUAUACCCAGAUUAGUGUUGUGUGAUCUAGAUCAGCCAUUAUAUGUCUUGAUUAGUGCCAUCUGAUCUAGAUAAUACAUUAUAAAUCCAGACUAGUGUUGUGUGAUCUAGACCAGCAAUUAAUUAUCCAGAUUAGUGAUGUUUGACCUAGAUCAGAAAUUAGUGCUGUGUGGUCUAGAUACGCCAAAAUAUAUCAAUAUUAGCCGUGUGAUCUACAUCAGCCAUUAUAUAUCCAGAUUAGUGCCGUGUGAUUUAGAUUAGUCAUUAUAUGUCCAUAUUAGUGAUGUUUGAUCUAGAUCAGUCAUUAUAUGUCCAGAUUAGUGAUGUGUGAUCUAGAUCAGACAUUAUAUGUCCAUAUUAGUUCUGUGUGAUCUAGAUCAGACAUUAUAUAUCCAGAUUAGUGCGCUGUGAUCUAAAUCAGUCAUUAUAUGUCCAGAUUAUUGCUGUAUGAUCUAAAUCAGUCAUAUGUCCAGAUUAGUGCUGUGUGAUCUACAUCAGCCAUUACAUAUCCAGAUUAGUGCCGUGUGAUCUACAUCCGCCAUUGCAUAUCCAGAUUAGUGACGUGUGAUCUACAUCAGCCGUUGCAUAUCCAGAUUAGUGCCGUGUGAUCUACAUCAGCCAUUGCAUAUCCAGAUUAGUGCCGUGUGAUCUACAUCAGCCAUUGCAUAUCCAGAUUAGUGCCGUGUGAUCUACAUCAGCCAUUGCAUAUCCAGAUUAGUGCCGUGUGAUCUACAUCAACCAUUGCAUAUCCAGAUUAGUGCCGUGUGAUCUACAUCCGCCAUUGCAUAUCCAGAUUAGUGCCGUGUGAUCUACAUCCGCCAUUGCAUAUCCAGAUUAGUGCCGUGUGAUCUACAUCAGCCAUUGCAUAUCCAGAUUAGUGCCGUGUGAUCUACAUCAGCCAUUGCAUAUCCAGAUUAGUGCCGUGUGAUCUAGAUAAUCCAUUAUUUGUGCAGAUUAGUGACGUGUGAUCCAGAUAAAUCCUUAUAUAUCCAGAAGUGAUCUAGAUCAGUUCUGUUCUAUAAACUCUUCUCUUUGCUUUGUGUCUUUCAGGGUGAUGCUGGUAGAAUGGGAGUCCCUGGAGAAAAGGGUCCAAACGGGCUUCCUGUGAGUAAAGUGGCAUACAGUUCGUUGUAGAACAAAUAUCCACCCAUAUUGAAUGCCGCCAUGUUAUCUGACACAAACAUUUAUAUUUUGUUUUGAAUCGUAUAACGUAAAUUAGAUAAUAGAAAAUACACCUCUGCCCUGAAAUGCAGCCGAUAUUACUGUACUGAUCCAGUUUGUCCGUAGAGAAGCCUGUAUGACUUUUCGUAAACCUGUUUGCCUAGCGGGAUGCAUGUUACAUCAUAACACCUUUUGGUUCAUAAAUCAAUGGACCCUAAACAAAGUAAACAGACCCCUUCUGUUCACUCCUUGUGUAAAUCUGCAGGGUUAUAUCUGAAAUUAAACGGUAUUAGUCUCUGUGUAACACAUCUUCCGACAACCUGAAUUGAUGUUUUUAGAGUUAAUUACGGGGGUUAAUUUCCACAUGUUUUACUCCUCCUCCUGUUAACCAUUUAUUGUGUAUCUUCUAACAGGGGCUUCCAGGUAGAGCCGGACUGAAAGGAGAGAAGGGCCAGUUGGUAAGUGUCUGCUAGCCGGUCUCAUAUAAACACUGGAAUAUUGUGUCUGUACAUUGGGGUGUAAUUCUGUCCGGCGUUGUUUCUCCUGCAGGGAUCCACUGGACAGCUUGGAGAAUCAGGACCUUCGGGAGAGCCAGGUAUUCCCGUAUGUAUCCCCCAACAGCCAGUAAGAAGCGAUGUUUAAACCCCCAACCAGGCCCUGCUCGUGGUGGGGGGCAUUAAUAACUCCCCCUUUUUAGCUCCGUUACCAUCCAGCUCCAUGGCCUGGAACAACUAGUCUAGGGGUUUGUAAAAUACUAACACAGAAUAACAAGCAGGAACAUUUGUUUCUAUAGCGACUGUUGUAGAUAUGGACAAAUCAGCCAGAACAUUUAGUUGGUUUCCACGGUGACUGCCCUACACCUAGAAGCCCUUUUCAGACAAUAAAUUGGUAACUCUCACCCAGUGUUUUAUAAAAUGAGGUUUGAUUGCGGCAGCUCACACUCUAAUUAGGUGGGUGGCUGGUCGUUUUUGUGCAGGGUAGCCAACUGUUAAACUGGCCCGUGUAGAGAGUGCUUAUUUACCUAGAUUAGUAUGUCGCCAUGACAACAGAGAUUAUUGCACAUUCACCCCCCUGAGGGCAGUCUCCAACACUGUUUUUCUCUUUCUUUUAGGGUGAAGCGGGGCCCCCAGGAGAAAGAGGGGUUGCGGGACCCAGAGGCGGAGCGGUACGUUUGAAGAGAAUAUGCUGUACUUUUAAUAGGGUUGCCACCUGGCCGGUAUUUAAGGCUGUCUCGCCGGUGCCGGUAUUUUUCUCUGACGGGAGUCUGGGAGAGAGCUGUGACAAAAAUGGAGCUAAAAUAUCCACCUCUAUUACACACGGCAGGUACACACAUUGCUGCAUUCACAUGACACACUCACAGUAUGCACACACAAUCGGACACAGGGAUGCACACACAGUCGGACAUAGUAUAUACAUGACUCACUCACAGUAUACACACAAUCAGACCCAGUGUACAUGCACUGUAUACACUCUGACACACUCAAAGUAUGCACACACAAUUAGACACAGUAUACACGCAAUGAAACACAAUCAGACACAGUAUACACACAAUGAAACACACAAGAACACAUAGUAUACACACAAUGAAACACACAAGAGCACAUAGUAUACACACAAUGAAACACACAAGAACACAUAGUAUACACACAAUGAAACACACAAGAGCACAUAGUAUACACACAAUGAAACACACAAGAACACAUAGUAUACACACAAUGAAACACACAAGAGCACAUAGUAUACACACAAUGAAACACACAAGAACACAUAGUAUACACAAUGACACACACAAUUAGACACAGUAUACACACAAUGACACACACAAGAACACAUAGUAUACACAAUGACACACACACACACAGUAUGCACACACAAUUAGACACAGUAUACACACAAUGACACACACACAAUUAGACACAGUAUACACGCUGACACAUUCCUACACAUACACAAUGCUGCAUGCACUGUCAGACAUAGCACACACAUUGUAAGUAGUAUUUUAGUGAUUUAGGGAAUAGUUUUGAUCCAUUUGUUUCCUCUUAUGACGCUGCCUGUGAUUUUACGUAAGAUCACGUGAUGUCAUGUCCUGUGAUGGUGUGCAUAUAUAAUUAUUUAUGCAAAUUAGCAUGGCUGGUAUUUUUUCCCCUAUAAGGUGGCAACCCUAGCUUUCAACCAUCCUUUUAAGUAAUAUAUUUGAGACCGAGCGCUAUGCACUAAAAUAUCGUCCACAAUUGUUAAUCAGAGAUGGGGGAGGCAGUGACUGCCUUCUGACACAUUAACCCCUUGAGUGUCUAAUUAUGUUUCUCUCUGUACCCAAAUGAUCUUCCCCAAACUCUGGUCCCAGGAAAUAAUGUGCUUUUAUAAAAGCACACUCAUAAAGUAAACGAGUCACAUGGACACCUUUAUACCAAGGAUGCAGCCGCCAUCAUCAUAGCGCUGUACAAACUGUGACCUGUUACCGUCACUGUAUCAUGGUGGGUGUAAUAGUAAAUAUGUUACAGGGUAUUAAAAACUGAUAUAAAUCAAUAGUAUUGAUGCAAUAUUAGCAUUAGACUGGAUUCUUAAUUACACGAGAGGAGAUGUACAUAGCCUGCAGCCCAUUACUCGCUCUAUUCUAAGGAACGUCCUAAAGUCUGAAUGAGUUUACUGGAGGAAGGACAAACCAUCUCCACACAGCGUCUCUCCCAGUGAAUAUUGGUAAAUCAGAGAAGCUCACAUUUUCAAAUUUUUUCUCUCCCCAGGGAUCUGUGGGGCUGCAGGGACCCAUCGGUGUUCCAGGGGUGCGAGGCUUUCAGGUCAGUGUUUUGUGGAGUUCAUUAUUUGUGGUGAGCAGCGUCUGAUCCGAUUAUAGUUUAUACUCUGUAUCAGAGCAGGGCAGUACGGUAAGUGACAGGGCAGGGACAGGUAUGUAAGGAGGAGAGGUAGCAGCCAGGCCAGCAGUAAGAGCCCUGAGACACCCACUGGCCAAACAUGCAGUACUGCCCAUGUUUCUCCCAGAAUGGAAACAGUAAAAAGAUGGCUGUUAUGUGUAAUCCAUGUUGCAGGGCUGCUUUCAUUAUCCGGGUUCCCAUGGAAACUGUAUAUAUAUCUUGUCUGUCUUAAUGCAUCUUACUCCUACACCAUCCCCUUAAGCACAGCUUCAUGUGUAGUUUAUGGGGGCUUUGUCUCUUUAAGGGCUGAUAGAAGGCCAGGGCACGGGGCACAGUCUCUUUACAGGUUGAUGGAAGGCCAGGGCACAGGGCACAGUCUCUUUACAGGUUGAUAGAAGGCAGGGCACAGUCUCUUUACAGACUAAUAAAAGGCCAGGGCACGGGGUACAGUCUCUUUACAGGCUGAUAGAAGGCCAGGGCAUGGGGCACAGUCUCUUUACAGGAUGAUAGAAGGCCAGGGCACAGGGCAUUGUCUCUUUACAGGCUGAUAGAAGGCCAGGGCACGGGGCACAGUCUCUUUACAGGCUGAAAGAAGGCCAGGGCACGGGGCACAGUCUCUUUACAGGCUGAUAGAAGACCAGGGCACGUGGCACAGUCUCUUUACAGGCUGAUAGAAGACCAGGGCACGUGGCACAGUCUCUUUACAGGCUAAUAGAAGGCCAGGGCACGGGGCACGGUCUCUUUACAGGCUGAUAAAAGGCCAGGGCACGGGGCACAGUCUCUUUACAGGCUAAUAGAAGGCCAGGGCACGGGGCACAGUCUCUUUACAGGUUGAUAGAAGGCCAGGGCACGGGGCACAGUCUCUUUACAGGCUGAUAGAAGGCCAAGGCACGGGGCACAGUCUCUUUACAGGCUGAUAGAAUGCCAGGGCACAGUCUCUUUAUAGGCUAAUAGAAGGUAAGGGCACAGGGCACAGUCUCUUUAUAGGCUGAUAGGUCAGGGCACAGUUUCUUUACAGGCUGGUUGAAUGCCAGGGCACAGUCUCUUUAUAGGCUAAUAGAAGGUAAGGGCAUGGGGCACAGUCUCUUUACAGGCUGAUAGGUCAGGGCACGGGGCGCAGUCUCUUUACAGGCUGAUAGAAUGCCAGGGCACAGUCUCUUUAUAGGCUAAUAGAAGGUAAGGGCACGGGGCACAGUCUCUUUAUAGGCUGAUAGGUCAGGGCACAGUUUAUUUACAGGCUGAUAGAAUGCCAGGGCACAGUCUCUUUAUAGGCUAAUAGAAGGUAAGGGCAUGGGGCACAGUCUCUUUACAGGCUGAUAGGUCAGGGCACGGGGCGCAGUCUCUUUACAGGCUGAUAGAAUGCCAGGGCACAGUCUCUUUAUAGGCUAAUAGAAGGUAAGGGCACGGGGCACAGUCUCUUUAUAGGCUGAUAGGUCAGGGCACAGUUUAUUUACAGGCUGAUAGAAUGCCAGGGCACAGUCUCUUUAUAGGCUAAUAGAAGGUAAGGGCAUGGGGCACAGUCUCUUUACAGGCUGAUAGGUCAGGGCACGGGGCGCAGUCUCUUUACAGGCUGAUAGAAGGCCAGGGCACGGGGCAGUCUCUUUACAGGCUGAUAGAAGGCAGGGCCCAGUUUCUUUACGGGCUGAUAGAAGGCCAGGGCACGGGGCACAGUGUCUUUAAGGGCUGCAUAGUAGAUAUUUAAUUGGAUUUUUUUUUGUAAUAAAAUAUGUUCUAUAAUCAUGACAUGACAUAUUUUGACAUCCUGCAUCCUUUUCUUUUAUAUUUUUAGGGUAUUAAAGGAAGCAUCGGAGACCCUGGCUUAGCAGGUCCAACUGGGAUCCGUGGUGGAUUUGGAGAGCGUGUAAGCGACCCUUGAUAUCAGUGCAUACCACGUGUCUCUCUUUUGGGGCAGAAACCCUCUAAAUGCUGUUAUAUCUGUCUUUAUUCAGUGGGAUCAAACUGUGCUUUGAUCCCAGUCUGAAUACAGUCCGUAUUGUCUAGCUAUCACACAUGGAGACUCAUAUAACGUGUAGCCCAUGGCUACUAAAACAAGCCGAUCUAAUGACUGCAAUAAUAGACAAUGUAACGUCACAGUUUAGCCUGUUGUAAUCACUACGUUAGUUUCUAAUAGUCCUGUUCUAUUUUGUUUGGCUUUGGUGGGUACUGGAAAUUAAAGUUUCCUCUGACGCCUACUUGUUUCAGCUCCAGUGAUUUUGUUUUAAUGUACCUAUGUCACACUAGACAUUUCUGUCCAGAAGCAGUGUCCUACCUUCUCAUUAUAACCACUUUGCUGCAUACAAUUGUCUUUACUUUCUGUCCUAAUUUACAGCAGUGAUGGUUAACGCAGCAUUCAUGCUGUUUGUACACUACAUUAGCUAUCAAUGUUUCCUAGCGUUUGUGCUAAAUAAAUGCCUUUUCUGCAUUUUUCUGAACAUCCAAUGACCCUGGGUUUGUGCAAUCCAUGAGCUGGACAUUAGCACCGAUACAAAGUGUAGAAAUUGCUCAGUCUCUGUUCUAGGUAACUCUCUCGAUGUUUCUUCACUGUGCAGAUGUGUCAUAUUAAUCAGAAUUCUUCCCAUCAGCACAAAUCCCUAAUGAACCAUGGACAGAUUAAGGGCCAGUCUCCUGCUGUACUCUAAAUUGUAAAUCUAAGUCCUCCAAGCAUUAAAUUGCAGAUUAUCCAGCAGGACGGAGGACGUUCUGACCACAUCAAUCAGGUCUAAAGUCCGGAAAUCGGUCGUAACACACUGGGAAUGAAGGAACAUUCCCAAACACAACCCUAAAUGGCCUCUAAUCCUGCUACAAAUUGUCUAAUUAGUCUGCAAUUAAUCAAAAGGCCACAGCAGCCAUGGAGGGAGGAACUUACUGAACUUUGCUUUGUUAACUUCAUUACUUCUUGGCUUUCUCUUUUCUCAGGGACCUGUUGGAGCAGCUGGACCCAAAGGAAACCAGGUGAGGUCUACAAGACAGGUCUAAUUUCCCUCUUAUUAUUGGAGUAAACUUUACUAAAUAUAGAACUCCCUACUGCAGGUCAACAUGCAAUAUAUGGAUCCUUCUGCCAUCAGAUCUCCAUGAGUAAAAUGCUUCCCCCUGGUGGUGACAGACUGGUAGAGAACACAGCUGUAGAUAUUGCUUGUUAGUUGUGGUUAUUAGAAUGCAGCAGUAACCCACACUGUGUAUUUUAGAUAGCACACGGCUAAGUUGACUGCAGUGUCCGUCCCUGCUGCCAGUUAGUAUGAUGAAAUGGGGAGAUCGCCUGCAAAUUAGGAACCCGCAGUAAGAACACAGACUAAAACUAACCACACCCUGGGAGAGUCAUUUACUAAUGGUUACAUUUUAAGCCACUGAAAACAUGUAUAUCUUGAAGCAUUUUCCCAGAUUUUGGUCAUUUGAAUUUGUGACAUCUCAGGUUAGUGAAUAUCAGUGUGUGUUUAAACUUCCUGAUAGAGUUGUGUUUCUGUUUUAGGGUCUUGGUGGCUCAGACGGACUUCCAGGCGAGAAAGGAGAGUUGGUGAGUGUAAUACCGCUGGAUUUUCCUGUCUCUGGUGUAACAUUUAAACUUUUUUUCCCACUAAUUACCUAAAUAUCGUCUCUUAGUACCUACCCUCCGCAGAAUGGCCCUUAAUAUGAAGAUACGUUGCCCAACUCCGUGCUCCGAGCUGCGUUGCAUGUGUUGGGGUUUGUCCAACUUAAAAUUCACUCCAAUACUCGGGCUACAGGGGUGACUGCACUUAUAAUACCGGAUCUCCGUAUUUACAGGGUUAUUCAUAGGAGUGUGAAUUGUUGUGAAUUUCAACCGUCAAGGCAAAAUAGCUGAACUGAAAACAACUUUUUUUGGAGUAUUUUCCAAUUCAGAUAUGUUGUCCUAAAAGUUGAAAUUUACUCUGAAUUCACACAGAAUUUCCAACUCUUCAAUGCCCCUGUAAGAUUAUGUGUCUAGGAUUUUAGAGGACAGAUUCUAUGGAUAUUUAAAGUAUGAUCUGGGUCAAUAUGUUCUUAUUCCACGAAUUCCACUGGUCACCACACCCUUAUAUCGGCUUUGUGUUUUGUUGUAGGGACCGUUUGGCCCUGUGGGACAGAAAGGAGAGGUAAGACAAGACUUUCCUGCACAUACAAAGGUUUAUUUGUUUUCUGAUCUGAAUCUAUCCACUUUCCAUUCUUAUCUUGAAUUAAAGGGGAGUGAUGGAUCCCCUAUAUAUUAUUUAACAGAAGACAAUCUGUCCAUUCACCCUUUGACCCUUAGAACCUCAUCAUUUACUAGAGAAUCUGCUAAUUUACUCUGGAAAUCUGCCCAUUCAUCCUGAUCCCAGGCAGUUCUGCCUUAUGGAAAGUAGGGUCCAUUUCACGUUGAUGAAGUACCUGUGUUUUGUUCUCCCCCCUAACAGGCUGGUGUGAGAGGUGAACCUGGUCCUAAAGGGGUUGUGGGGCCCAAUGGUACAGCUGGUGUUCCAGGCAUUCCAGGACCUCCGGGGCCAAGGGGAUUCCAAGGAGAGCAAGGAGUACCAGGAAUCACGGGAAAAGCCGGAGUUCCUGUAAGUAUGAGCCGUUAUAUUCCAGCCGGCAAUUUGCUGAUUAAACUAUAUCCAUUUACAAUUAGGGUUGUAAAACCUAGAAUUAACACGUUUUGUUAUAUAUAACAACAUAAACGGUAGCAUUUCAGUGAUGAACACGGCACAGGCACAAUGCGUAGAUAUAGAGAAUCAUAACAUGGGAAGCCAGUGGAAUCUGUAACUAAAUGAACAGGAAACAAAAAGAAGUAUUAAAUCCAUUUCCAGCACGAUAUCAUUUCCGGUCUAGCUUUAUUCAAUGAGACAUGAAAGAAACAGCCACAAAACCCAAACUAGACAAAGCGACCAAGAGAUGUGGGCGCUGCUCCCUUAAUCUGUGUAAAGAUGAAAGUAUCUAUUGAUUGUCUGACAUUGAGGAGCCUAUCCAUCCGGGGAGGCCAAGAUUUGCACUUGGAUGCAAUAUAGUUUGUUAGGUGUACAAGGUGACACUUUAUUAGAACAAAGCUUCCAGUAGUGUUAUUUAGGGGGUGUCCCGCACACUGAAAAAUGAUCUGUUUCUGCCAAAGAAAUAAUUGAGGUAAAUUAAAGAUUUUAUAACGCAGCUGUUUAGAUUGUAAGCUCCUUUUUUUAUGUUUUACAUUUUUUAUUGUAAAAUGCUAUCUAAAUGGUGAUAAUAAUAAUAAUAUAAUCAAUACAGUGCUUUAUCUUUGUGUGUCUUAGGGCAAGCUGGCGAGUGAGCAGCAUAUUCGAGAGUUAUGUGGAGGAAUGAUCAGCGGUGAGUAAAACCAGCUUACGGCAGGCAGAUGGUGGGAAGAGCUGCCGGGUUUUAAUUCUUAGUUGUUUUUUUUUUUUUUUUUAACCAGAAUACCAUAGAUAACAAUGAAUAAUUCUACACAGGGCAAUGCUGGCUGUAUACCAAAAGGAAAGAUAAAAAAAAAUUAGAAUACUGGGGUGGGGGGACCCCACGAAGCAGGUUAUACUUUAUAUCUGCGUUAGAGCCUCUGUACUCUGUACAGCCAUUUUAUCUAGAGGAAGUAAUUAUAAAUUACAGCUGUCUGUUUGUCCUUUAACCAAACAGAUGAACAUCUGUCUUUUUUUUUUUUUUUAAACCCAUAAAAAAUUCACAAUAAACCCUAAUUUAGGACAAACCUGGACCACUGCUAAUGCUACAGCUAUAUGUGCAGCAUGUCUCCCAUGGAAUAUAAUGCAAUGGGUAUAUUUAGCUGUAGGUCUUAUUUCGGUCUGUGCCUGGAAUACAAUGACAUUUCUUUAUGGACACACGUUAUUAUGUCAGUAACGCGAUUAGCCCCUUAAGGACACAACUUUAGAAAUAAAAGGGAAUCGUGACGGAAUAUUUCCAUCAUGCGUCCUUAAAGGACCACUUUAGUGCCAGGAAAACACACUCGUUUUCCUGGCACUAUAGUGCCCUGAGGGUGCCCCCUCCCGCCGGGCUAAAAUCUUACCUUUCUCCAGCACUGGAUGGGGAGCUCUCCUCCUCCAUAGCGACGUCAUCGGCUGAAUGCGCAUGCGCGGCAGGAGCCGAGCGCGCAUUCAGCCAGUUCAUAGGAAAGCAUUUAUGGACGCUGGCGUCUUCUCACUCUGAUUUUCACAGUGAGAAGCACGCAAGCGCCUCUAGCGGCUGUCAAGAGACAGCCACUAGAGGCUGGAUUAACCAUAUUAUAAACAUAGCAGUUUCUCUGAAACUGCUAUGUUUAUUAAAAAAAGGGUUAAUCCUAGAUGGACCUGGCACCCAAACCACUUCAUUAAGCUGAAGUGGUCUGGUGCCUAUAGUGGUCCUUUAAGGGGUUAAACCAGUCAGUUACUGUAACUAACAAAGGCACCGGUUUUAUCAAUACACGUUUAUUUACUAAUGUGAGAACUUUUAAGAAUUAUGAAUUGUAGGUAAAACGAGUUGAAUUGGAAAAAGUUAGUAAUUCUUUCAGUUCUGCUAUUUUGGGCAAAAGUUCUCUUAGCAUUUAGUUUGACUUCUCGAUGGUUCACCCUUUAGUUAAUUACUUUGGUUGAAAGGCAUGAACUAAACACUGAGCAAAAUUAUUGUUUUAUAAAGCAAACAGGAGAUUGUGUGAUAAACUCCUUUUAAAGUAAGGAUCAGUGGGUUUAUAUAUAUUAUAGUACAUAUUGUGUAUUUACUCUAUCCUUUCUUUCCAGACCACAUUGCACAAUUAGCUGCUAAUCUCAGAAGACCCCUAGCCCCUGGUUUGAUGGGUCGGCCAGGGCCAGCAGGACCACCAGGACCUCAAGGAGCCCAAGGUCGUGUUGGACAUCCUGGGUCUCGUGGCCCGCCAGGGUACAGAGGACCAACUGGAGAUUUAGGUGAUCCUGGUACAAGAGGUUAGUGCCUGAUGAUUUCUAUUAACGCUCUUUAUCUGUAAGUUAGAGUGAUGGGUGAGAUUGUUCUUGGUCAUUUCCUCCCUAAACUCUCCUAACAUGUUCUAGGUGAUGCUGGAGAAAAGGGGGACAAAGGACCCGUUGGACGAGGUAUUGAUGGACCUUUUGGAGAUCAAGGAGAACAAGGUAUUGUCAUUCAAGCUCCAGCUACACAACAGAAAGCAGACAUUCCCAUUCAAAAUAUACACAUCAAAUGGCAUCACUUAAUAGCCCAUUAAAACAUCUCCCACCCAAAUACACACAAGUGACACGUGCACGAGAACCUACAGUACAGACAGCAUGCCCCCAUUCACUGAGAACCUACAGACAGCGUGCCCCCCAUUCGCUGAGAACCUACAGGCAGUGUUCCCCCCAUUCACUGAGAACCUACAGACAGCGUUCCCCUCAUUCACUGAGAACCUACAGGCAGCGUUCCCCCCCAUUCACUGAGAACCUACAGACAGCAUGCCCUCCUAUUCACUGAGAACCUAGACAGUGUGCCCCCCCAUUCACUGAGAACCUACAGGCAGCGUUCCCCCCAUUCACUGAGAACCUACAGGCAGCGUUCCCCCCCAUUCACUGAGAACCUACAGACAGUGUGUCAUCCAUUUACUGAGCACCUACAGACAGUGUGCCCUCCAUUCACUGAGAACCUACAGACAGCAUGCCCUCCUAUUCACUGAGAACCUAGACAGUGUGCCCCCCCAUUCACUGAGAACCUACAGACAGCGUGCCCCCCAUUCACUGAGAACCUACAGGCAGCGUUCCCCCUAUUCACUGAGAACCUACAGGCAGCGUUCCCCCUAUUCACUGAGAACCUACAGACAGCAUUCCCCCCCAUUCACUGAGAACCUACAAACAGCGUGCCCCCCAUUCACUGAGUACCUACAGACAGCGUGCCCCCCAUUCACUGAGAACGUAGACGGUGUGCCCCCCCAUUCACUGAGAACCUACAUAUAGCGUGCCCCCCAUUCACUGAGAACCUACAGACAGCGUUCCCCCCCAUUCACUGAGAACCUACAGACAGCGUGCCCUCCAUUCACUGAGAACCUACAGACAGCAUGCCCCCCCAUUCACUGAGUACCUACAGACAGCGUGCCCUCCAUUCACUGAGAACCUACAGGCAGCGUGCCCUCCAUUCACUGAGAACCUACAGGCAGCGUGCCCUCCAUUCACUGAGAACCUACAGGCAGCGUGCCCUCCAUUCACUGAGAACCUACAGGCAGCGUGCCCCCCCAUUCACUGAGAACCUACAGACAGCGUGCCCCCCAUUUACUGAGUACCUACAAACAGCAUGCCCCCCCAUUAACUGAGAACCUACAGACAGUGUGCCCCCCAUUCACUGAGAACCCACAGACCACUUGCUCUCUAUUAUAUGCGUAAUAAAACUUCCUACCACAUAGAGAAUAAAAUCUCAUGUAGCCCAACAGAAAGAACUUGGCAUAUAUUUUGCAUUUGCUAAAAAUGUUUCCCAACACAAUGUGUAAGUUAUGUGAAAAGGACAUUCUAAGUACCAAUACAACUAUGAAGCAGUUUUAGUAUAGAUCAUGCCCCAUGCAGUCUUAUUGCUCAAUUUUCUGUCAUUUAACAGUUAAAUCACUUUUGUUUCUGUUUAUGCAGCCAUAGUCACACCUCCCCUGGCUGUAACUGACACGACCUACAUGAAAAAAAUAGUUUUAUUUUAAAUCAGAUCUUAAAGAGCAGUGUGUUUACUUUACAAGUUCUUAGCUCCUGUUGUGGUAAUUGAACUUUAAAUCACACACAAGGAGGUGCUGCAGGCUCUAGUGGGUAAUGAACACAGCAGGAGAUAGUAUACUGUAACCUAAACACACUGUGCUGUAAAGAAAGUGUAAACAUUAGAUGAAUCUUUACAGAAAGUGUUUAGGAAGGCUGUGUAAGUCACAUGAAGGGAGGUGUGACUAGGGUCGUAUAAACAAAGUGAUUUAACUUCUAAAUGGCAGAAUUUAGUUGUUUUUGUGCCUAUAGUAUCCCUUCAAAUAAAAUCGUAUUUAUGGUAGGAAUUAUUGUAUAAUGUUCUUACUUUGGGUUCUAUGUUAUACAAUGUACAUAUGUUUUGAUUUGUAUAAAAAUGUUUUGUCGCUAAGAGGGUGUACGCCUUUAAAUAUAUUUAUUGUACACUGAAUUCCACUUUAAAGAGUACAUGUUUAAAAAAAGUUUUAUUUUCCCAUUCACAAUGCCCACAUUUCUGAAGAGGGAAUUCUGGGCAAUCCCUCUGAAUGAAAAAUGAUUUUAUUUGACAUUCCAGGUGCCCAAGGAGUACCAGGAACAAGCAGAGAUGGCCGGGAUGGUGCACACGGUGAGCCUGGUUUUCCCGGUGAGCCAGGAAGAGCUGGCUCGAUAGGUGCCCAGGGUACCCCUGGAAUAUGUGAUACAUCGGCCUGCCAAGGCGCUGUUUCAGCAGGGAAAUCUAGCCACCCUAAGAAGUCCUAAAAGUCUCCGCAAGAGCAGGAACUGAAUAUUUAAUGUGGUACGUGGACAUAUAAAACAGAGAAGACAACAUCCUGGAAGAGCGUCCCUUUAAACAUGCCAAUACGGAGCGGACAUAUCCAGCUACCAGCCAGCUCCAUCAAACCGGAAAGCGUCUGAUAUAAAGUAUUUUGGAAGUUGAUUAUUUUUUUUUUUUUUUUUUUUGUGUGGGGGUGGAGGGAGGUUAAAUUUUACUAUUAUCCCCAACAUCUUCUUUUAUUUGUUAACCCUUUUCUAGCCACCUCAUCUGCUCUCUUUCCUUGCACAUGUUACCAAAGCGUUUUGUUAGUGCUCCCGCCCCCACCCCCACCCCCACCCGUGUGUCCCUUCCCAAUGCUGUCCUUUUAGAUUUCACUGAAGUGUGAGAAUUAAGCCUCUUGCAUUCUAAUCUCGCUGGAGGUAAGUGUAUAUAGAAUAUUCAUGUAUAUUUCAAUCAAAAGGGCUAUUUCCAAUCAGGGUUAGGUUAUUAUUUUAUAUAUAUUUUGGGGUGGGUGUUUCUUAAUUUGAAAAGGAAAAGCCGCAUCUAAUGUUAAAACAAAAAAUUUCCAGAAUAAAAGCUGAUGUACUGUAAAAUGCAUUGUACAAAUAAAAAGGACAUUUUUUGAUUUUUUUUUUUUUUAAUAACAGAUCUAAUAAUGUCAUGUUUUAACACAUCUCAUUCCUAUCCAUUGGACAAAAUAAAUGGCUGCAAACGUGUGAAUAUCACUGAUUAGAGAUUAGUAUUUAUUUUGGUGACUUGUAUGUACAAACUUGUUGCAAUAUGAAUAAAGCCACUUUGCGUACACAGAAAAGAUAAUUGUUCAAGGUAUUUGCGAUUUAUUAACAACAAAGAACAUUUCACUUGAACAAAAAAGUUAAUAUAUUGUGUACUUUCACAAACAGCAUAUUUUUAAAUACAUCAUAUUUUUUGGAAUAUAUUUUCUGGUAACCGCUUGAUAUUGCUCGCAAUCACACCUCAAACAGCCAGCUGAAAGGGUGCUGGCCACCAUACAAUGUGUCAUUGAAUAACUGGGAAUACAUGACAUCGGGGAUCUACGGCCCCUGCGAUCCAGUCUUUUAAACAGCCGGCAUUUUAAGGUGGGAUUGUAAAGCAUAUUUAGCAAACGAGACAUGGAUAAUUCAGUUAAUAAAAUAAACAUUACAUCUGUUUAUAAGAAAUGCAAUAAAAUUUAAGUGAUGCUAGGAUACUACGUGUAACGGUCAUUUUCCUACUACGAAUAUGACAAAAUAAAUUAUACAAAAACCAUUGCAGGGCAGGCUGGCCUAAUAAAGGGUUACUAUUGUCCUCACACACACAUCAGGUCCUGUAACUAAUGCAGUGUUCAGUAGUAGCUUUAGGUGAAGUGAAAUGUGCAUUAGCUGUACUAAAUGCGUUUUGGACAUUUGACAUUAACAUAUUGUUUGUGCA